AUGGCAAAGUGUCCGUCAGCGGUGGUAUGGCGAGUUCUUCUUGUGCUGGGCAUGAACUGUAUCAUACAAGGCUUACUUGUUACUGGCACAAGUCUCGAGGGUGAUAUUAUUGUCGAUACAAACCUUACCUUAAAUGCAACACCCUACUUGGUGUCAAAAGACCUCGUUGUAGCCGAAAAUGCCACCCUAACCAUACAGCCGGGAGUCCAACUGCACUUUGAUCGUGGGGUGGCUUUGAGAAUCAAAGGUUGCCUGCAAGCUAUGGGAAACUUUCGUAAUCGAGUUGUUUUCACCAAAAUGAAGAGGAACAACUCACAAUAUCUGGACGAUUUGAAAGUCACAUCUCCUUACCAUAAUGGAAUUCGUCUUCACAACGGAAGCAGGUAUACAGUUGGCCGACUGGAAAUCUUCAUAAAUGGACAGUGGGGAACUGUAUGCAAUGAAGGUUGGCAAAUGGAGAAUGCUCAGGUAUUUCAAAUGGAUUUUAUAUGCACCUUUUUGGUUAAACAGUUAUUCGGUCUUUGAUAAAGAAAGAUGGAUAAGUCUUUCUAGAUUUGGAAUGUGGAAGAAACAGGCCUUUCACACGCGAAAUGUGCUUCCUUUAUACGUAGUAAAUUAUUUGACAUGUGCUAUUUCAUGAAGCUUAAUUUUUCAUUAUUUAGUUUGUUAAGUAUGCUUUAGUCAUUCUUUUAUAUUCGGCUUGUAGUUAUUAUGUGAAUUCGAAGUCUGAAGUUAUUUAAGUUUAAGCAAUUGCGAUUAGUUUCCCAACGAGGUUGUCUUGUUCAACCUCCAAGUGGACGUGCUUCGUUUACUGACCUUGUUUUGGACCCAAACGAAAAUCUUUGUUUUGGCUAAAGCGUUCUGAGGUUUAUUCGGUCUGUUUAUCGGAAGCAUUAAGUACGUUUCGUGCAAAAGUGUUUGGGUUAGUGUUCUGAAAUUAAUAUUUAAUCUCUCAAGAUCAGCCAGCUAACAUGCCUAACCAUGCUGAUCAAUAGUGAAUAUAUAAGCAGAUACUUUACAUUAUUAACAUUUGUUUCGUUGAAAUCCCUUGCUACAUGAAAGACAAAUUGCCUACAUGCAGCUUGUGUAUUAAGUGUGAGAGGGAAACAAGUUUGAUUAAUUUUCGAUUUGUAUAUUCAUGCAGAGAAAUUAUAGAAACCCUGACUUUGCUCCUGUCUGAGUUAAGGAAAGCUAUGAUAGUUAAUACUCAAAGUGCACCUUUUACAAACCGAAAAAUAUGACUUGAAAACCAAAAUUUCGAUUAAAAUCUGACGGGACGACAAGAAACACAGGGUUGAGAUCGGUAGUUAUCGAAAGAUAGGCUCAAGAAGACCUUUUCCUACUUUUAAGUUUCAUUCAGGUUGUUACAGGAGAGUAAGGAGCAUGCAAACUAAAAGAGAGUAUCGCACAAACAUAGCUAAUAAAGUAUUUAUUUUCUUAUGAAUUACAGGUUGCUUGCAGACAGUUGGGUUUUCUGGGAGCCAAACGAUAUUACACUCACGGUGGAGGUAAUGGAGCCAUUUGGCUCUCUCGAGUGGACUGCCGAGGAACCACGCAUGAAACUACAAGUCUGUUGCAAUGCAGGCACAGUGGGAUUGGGAGACACUCUUGCGGUAAGUGGUACAUGAAAUAAUCUUAAGAUUGAUGUUUUCAUUGUAAAAGUUAUGCUUUAUCUCUGCUAUUUUGGUAAAAAGCAUUUAGAAAUAUUGUCAAACGUUCAGAGUACAAAGUAUUUUGAAGCAAGACAUUUACAUACAUGAUGAUAUUGAUAUCAUAAUCUGUUUUCAAAAAUCAGUGGUGUUUUGGCAACUCAGGUCAAGCACGUAUAUUUAGUUCUGAGCGCAUUGCAAAAUACCCAUGUCGGUAAUCAAAACUUGAUACUCGAAAUUUCCGGCGGCUGAAUUAAAAAAAAAAAAAAAAAAAACCUUUUCGUUCAUGCUAAUAUGUGAAAGUAUGCGUACAGGUAUCCGUGCCCAGAAAUUAUAAUAUCAAAAAUACAAAAAUGAUUUAAGACGUUGCAAUUUCGUGUAUUCCAUUCCUCAUUCCUGUUGCAAGAUAAAGUGAAUCCCUUUCAUGCAGAUCAGAAUCCCCAUACCUCACGAUCCGUCCAGAUAAAUAAGACAAAGGGUCGAGUUACGCUUAGAAAAGUACAUCAUCUUAAUGAUGGGUGAAACUUGACGGGAAAGCUCAUUUCCUGAAGCCUGGUGCCUCUUGUAUACAAGAGCAGGAAAUCCAGUAUCAUAAUUGUGAUAAGGGAUAAGAUAAGAUUGCAUCCGUUCCCGAUGUUGCAUUUUCAACUCUUAAAUUUCUUCUUGGUUUGACAUAUUUAUAUCACCAUCUACAAUCUUUUUGCUCUUGUUUCAUCUGCAACAUUUUCAAUCUUUUUUUAAAUAUAUAUUGUAUUUGUUGUAUUUAAAUUUAAUGCAUCAUAUUUCCGUUUGGUUGAAUUGAUGCUUUGUUAUUAAAUCACCAGGAUUUACACAAGAUUUUUGACCAAAUUUUCAUGAGAACUUGCCACAAGAUUGAAACUAUUAAUAAAUUCUAUUCGAUAGUAUGAAACUCAUAUAUAUCUCAGUAUUAGAUGCUUUAACAUACAUUUCAAUAUCUUUAAACUUACAAAUUUCUUGCAUGAGAAAACGAAAAUCAUAACCACGCAGGCUAUAAAAAACAAUCGGUAUUUUUAUCGUUAAAUUUCUAAUUCAAGUUUCAAUUAACAAGAGCUAGACCUCUUUACAAUCCUUUAAAAUUACAAUGAUCUCUGUCUUCAUCUUUUGACCUAUGAUGAAGCAUACAUAGCAAAUAUUUGUCUUUUCAUAAGAUAUUUUAUGUUUUUCUGUCAUUAUAAUCUCAAUGUUUUGUCUGUUUUUUGUAAAUCUUGAUAAGAGUUUUCUCUUCGAAUUGCCUCUGUUAAUUGGUAAGUAGCAUUUUCUUCUCUUUAAAUCUUGACUUUUUUAUGUAUUUAUCAUCUUACCCACAAACAACUUUAUUCCCAUAACUAUCUAUUUUGUGUUUUUGAGUUUCAUACACAUGGCUCAUAGUUUCAUCUUUGUGUUGCACUUCACGUGGUAUAAUAAUGCUCUCAAAAUCUGUAUAAAUAGCAGAAAGUGCAAUCGGCUUCUUCUGAUAACUCUUAAAGUCAACAAAAUUAGUUUUUGCGGUUAGUUAAUAGCUUGUUUCCCAUUAAUCUCAAUACAAGCAAGUUUAUUUUUAUCACGUAUUUCUUGUGCAGUGAAGUAAUGAAGACAAAACAUAUAAAAAAAUCUCUCACCAUACUGUUUUGAUUGUUUAUAAUUAAAUCUAUUAAAAUCGUUAAUAUCAAUAUAAUGACUGUUGCCUUGAUAAUCGGAUAUAAGCAAUUGUUUCAUUUCACUUUCAAACUGGCAUUGAUAAAUAUAAAUAGGAAACACUUUUAUUUUUAUAACCAAGUACAUCAAUAGUUAUAUCAUCAUUUUUCUUUCUAUUUUAUUCAUUCGACUAAUCGUUACUAGAAAAGUAUUGUCUGUAUAAUCAAGUUCACCUCUUUUCUUUGUGGAUCCUUUGGUAUUUCUUUUUUAUAAACAUUCUAUAAAUGGUUAUAAUAAAAACACUUAUAAUUAUUUUUAAUAAUCAUAAGACCUAUCAUUGGAUUCUUGAGUUCAAUAAACAAAUCAAUGUAAGAUGAGCCUCUGUCGAUCGUUUUGAUUGGUUGAUAUUAAACUAAAUCAAAUAACUGAUAAUUAAUUUACAUUUUAAUCCGACCAGAAUAUUUAAUGAAAAAUUCACAUCCUUUUUCUGUUAAAAGGUAAGAUGUUUCUGUUAAGAAUCCCUUAACCAUUUCCAUUAAAUUUAUUUGUGAUUAAAUCAAUUAUAUCGCCAUUAGCACGAGUGAAUUCAUUUAAUAAAAUUAAAUUAAUUUUAAAAAAAUUCAUUUUAUUAAAUCAAUAACACUAACCUUUUGUCUUUAUAAUAUCUAUUAAGGCACUUUCAUCUAUUUCAAUGACUUUUCAAUUCUUGUUAGGUUUUUCUUCAGUUUCAACAGCUUCAUCUGCUUUAUCAACUGUAAUAUCAGCAAAUGCAAAUUAGCUCAAAAAGUAUUAUUUCCUUUUUUCUGUUUCUUCUCCUAUUCUUUUAGAUUGUUCUACAGUAAAAUGUUCUGUAUGAAAAUUUGAAACAAUUUCUCUUGGCAAAGGUAUUUGUUUUUUAAAGAAAUUUUUGUUCUCUAGAAAUAUAAAUGUUUCUCUAGAAAUAUAAUUUCCUUGAAAGAAAGACUUGAAAAUUUGACUUUUACCGGGCACAAGCGUCGCAGAAAAGUUUUGUCGUAUCACUGGCUGCAGCACUGUUUGCGAUUGAAGCCGCUGCGAGACAGAAGUGCUUGAACAUGCUGUCGACAGGAGGGUUGAAAUUGCCAUUUGCUGACUUUCCCCCAAUGAACUGUAGUUAUUGAUGAACUGAAUAUUCUUAUGGCUGAUCAUCUGGACAAUUUCUAUUGGAAAAACAUCGCUGUCUCGCAGUCUUUGCACAAGUAUUUUAUUUGCACCAUGGCUGGUGAUUCGCUUAUCUAUUCCAAGACCAGCUGCCUUCGUAAAGUCUUACCUGAAGGUAUUUAGGUUGUUCGCUCCCAUAGGUUGAAGCUUAAACCAUUUCGCACUUGAUAAGGCUGACUUUUCUUUGCUAUGAUCGUUUACCGUUGAGUAGAAUGGCGACCCAUCGACGAGAGUUUCCUUUGGCCGUUUAGUCAUGUACAAUUUGUAUGAUGAAAUGGGAUUUCCCUCAUCGGACACUGAAAGGUUUUCGUACAUUCGUGGCUUGAUUUGUCUUCUGUUUAAUAGAUUAUCGCCAGGUCUUAUUUUUGUUUCUCUUUCAGUUGAGUAAUCGAGAUAUCAUUUGCCAGGACAGCCGGUUUUGAGGACCACAUCUCCUUAACUAAGGUUGCGUUGCUCUUUCCCUCCUCUUAUUCCGAAGUGUAAACAGUUGUUGAACCGCAGUAUGUUAAUGAGUGCUUGAGGCAGAUGAAUUCCCAUGACUUCCUUCUUGAAAAGUAGAUCGAUCUCGUUUUGGUCGAGACUAGCGGCCUCUCGUGGUUUGUUUCCUUUGCUAAGCCUUCUCAGCUGUUUCUGUUUUGACUUCAAUGCAUCUCAUGUUAUUGCAAACGGUUGACCCAUGAUUAAUGAGUCGCCGUUUUUUGUCAGAUGGCGUUCAACCGAAGUAAUGAAUCCUCUACGAGUUGUUGCUUCAUACUCUUUGCCAGACUUUUUCCGCACGGAUAACAGAAAUCCGCUCAGGAAGGUAUCCAAUUCGGCCGGUGGCAAGUUUUCGAUUCUCUUUCUCCGUCGCGAGAAACGCCAAAAGCAACGUCAAGUCCCCUUCGGUUUGCAAGAAAUUUUUCUACGUCUGUAUCUGUAUGCAAAACGAAUUUUUCAGCCAUAGUUCGUGCAAAUCUCAGAAACAAACAACUUUGGAUUGGAAAUAAAAUAAAUAAAUAAAUAAACGCCCUGCGAUGCUUUGCCAUUCAUCAAUCAACCAGACCGAGUGGUGCCAAAGGCGAGUGACGUGUCAGCAGCUGAUUGGCUAUAUCAACGCAAGAGAAAAAAUACGAUAUUUUUUCACGUGCGUCGUUACGGCUUUUCUCAGGGCCAGAAAUAUAUUUUUAUUUGCCGGCUGGGAGGUCCGUCUGGUGAAAAACUGUGACCGAGGCCUUGAAAACGCUGUCCAAGGCCGUAGGCCGAGGGCAGCAUUUUCAAGGCGGAGGUCACAGUUUUUCGUCAUAUGGACCAACUCUUAGCCGUUAAAUAACAUAAUUAUUAUUUUUUUAACUCAACGAAAUUUAUUCCGAAAGAACCCGAAUGAUAUAGGGCUGUAAAUACGACAAGAUCUUCCAUAAACUGAACAGUUUUUGAGCGAGUAAAUGGUAACUAAAAUAGAGGUGAUGCAAAUCAAAGAGAAAAUUUUCGUUUGGUUAAAGGUAAAGGUGGUUUAAAAGGCUUCCAAACAAACUUUGAAACAUUAUUAUACAAGUAUGUCACAAUCUGACAGUUGUCAAUUAGAGAGCGCGUAAGAAAAGAAAAAAGCGCAUGUACAUUUUUGAAAAACAACGAACCUAGUUUGGCAAGGACUGUCACCACAAAAUUUUCUUCAAAAACAGUCAAUGAUCUUACGGAAAGUAUUAUUUACGCUCAUCGACGAUGAAGUUAUGUACCAAGAUUUACCUUUGUUCAUUAAGUAAUCGUCGAAGAAAGUAAUUGUAAGUAAAUUCAAUUUUGUUUUUUUGAAGUUGUGAGAGUUUGCUCGUUUGUUUGCUGCAAUGGCGUGUGAAAAUCUGGUCUUUCCUCCACAAAAACUAAAUUCGGAUGAUACACUCCAACGAGACACAAGGGGAUUUAAUGCCACCUUUUCUCAUGGAAUUCUCAUUAGAAGUUUCUGUUGAGCAAUUUACAGUACAAAUGUCCAAAUUGAACGGACUUGAAAAGACUCACCGAGAGCGUAUAUUUGUUGUAGAACUGAAAUUAAAACUUCGCUCGCCUUUUCACUAAGAACAAAUUGUUUGAGAAAAUUCAGAUAUUAAAUGAAUGAAAGUUCCAUCAAUUAGUUCAACUUUAACCAAAUAUCCCACGUUUUGAAUUUCUAGGUACUUUUUGUGAACGAUUAAAAUUAAUUACAGAUGGCUUUUAGACCGCCUGUCAAGCAACGUAAUGACACUAUUGCUUAUACAAAAAAGUCAUUCUGAAACGAAAAUUUUUUUAGUCAACUAAAGUGACUCGGGAGAGCGAAAAGAGAGGAUUAAUAAGUUAUUUAUCAGCUUGAGGUAGUGACCGACGUCUUUGCUUAAAAAUACUGCCCAGCCGGUAAAAACGACAUAUAUUUAUGAAAAAUGGCAACGAAUGAAGGGAUGUACUCGGCAUCUCACGAGAGCGUUACCCUUGCCCGUGGGCAGAGAUAGGAAAAUACUGACCGGGUAAAGAACCAAUCAGAUUGCAGGAUUCGUUACCGUGCCCUCUGGAAAAAAAAAAUCCCUAUAUAACAUCGCAGUUUAUGUAAUGAAAUUAUUCUCUUGUAAGUUCAUUUUCUUUGUUCUCGGUAAAGGAACUGUUUUUUUUUUUUAAUAAAAAUUUCGCUUUAUAUAGUUUUAAGAAGUUAAUUAUUUUCAAUUAAAUUUGGACAAUUGCAUUUGGUUCAGCUGCGUUAAUUAUUAUAUAUUAAAUUGAUAUUUUAUUUUUAAGUAGCUACAUAGCUUAUGCAUUUCAGUAUAUCUUAGAAUCACCCAAUGAUGAAUAUAAAAUGGGACUGAUUAAGCAUUUAAGAGUUCAUUUUGUUAUUUAAAAGUGUUGAGUGCGGGAUUAAAAUUUUGUUUAAAAAUAUUUGAGCAGAGAGGUGUCGUUAAAAUUCGAAUGAGAAGAGCUUAUUUUGCGCCGACAGUUUACUAAUAUUGAAUAUAUAUUAUUAUAAAAUGUUCAUAGAAAUGCACGGGCCGUGAUUGAUGAGAACGAGUUCAUUAUAUUUCCAUAAAGCACGCGCCUUACGCACACGAGCACACUGCUGAGAUAUAAUGCACGCAGCCUACGUUAUCGGUACGAGCACGCGCGCAAUUCACAAUACAUCUUAUAAAAGAAAUAAAAGAAAAACUCUUGUUCGUCGAGCAUUGUUGAGUUAUAUAAGCACUUAGGAAUUUUUAAGAACACUCGAGAAGGGUACUUCGCUGGUAUUCUUCAAAAUUCCGGCGUCCUUAUAUGACACAACAAUGCACUCGGCGCGUUUUUUUUUAAUUAUUAUUAUUCUUUUUUUAACUAUAUCUUUAAUAAACUAAGUAAGCAUGGCAUGUUAAAAAAUUAAGAGAAAAUAUUUUGGUAAAAAUAAUACACUUAGAUUAGGGGCGGGGUCUAGGAAUUAUAUGUAAAGUAGCAUUAAAUAUGCAUAACAUGCAACUGUAAACAAUUAAAAUACAUGACGUAAUGAUUGCGCUUACAGGCAACAGGCCCAUUUCCCAAUUAUCGUGGGCAGAAUUUAAAAGUGUCCUGGUAACGACUCUAAUAGCAUUAUUCGUUUCUGUAGUAAUAAAAUGAAGUGCUGUUGGUUUGUUUUCUUUCUUUUGUUUGUUUGUUUGUUUGUUUUUGUUUUAGAUAGUUUGUAAAUUUUUCUUGGUUUUACCUUGUGUACGUACUUGUAUUGAUCGGUGUUAUAAUUGCAAACAACAGGUGUACGACUAUUUCUGAAUUUAUCUGUACUUCAGGAUGCUGCAUAACGAACAGCACUCAGAACACAACUAUUAUGUCUUAGCUGAAUCCUCAGUUCCAAAAUUCUGCCCGGCUCAUGAUCAGACCGAACUAAGCAGCUAAACUUAAGCUUUGAACAUGACGAUGUACCACUUCAGUAUAUCUAGAUCUACAGUCUGUUAUUGAAAGAGACUCUUCUUUGUCAAGCCUUGAUGUUACCACAAAUGUUGGGCUACAAUAAUAAUUACAGCCAUCACUUAGUCCUAAUUUGUUUAUAUGGCAAUUCUGCCCAUCAGAUUCUGACCAAUGAAUUUUUGGUUUCAGUCGAAUCAAUUUAUGGUCAGGCAUUCAGUGUGCUUUGAUAAUUUUAACGGUCAAUGUAUUCAAAGGCACUGAAGUUUCACUUGUAAUCGACCGAUUUGAGAGUGUCGGAGUAUUUGGAAAAAAGGGAGUUGUGCAGCUAAAAAAACAAAGGACUGAAGCUUACCUUGCUACUGCUGGGUUGAAACGUAAUGCUCGUAAAGCUCGCUAACUGAAGUGGGACUACGUCACAUGUUUGAAGAUGACAAAACCCACUUUCUGACUCCGUCCCUGGACCUACGGGCCUGGCAGGAGGAAAGAAAAAACUAAAACGAUCAAAUUUAUUAAGUAAGUACAGGAGCCCAAGUAAUGCCGGGGCUCCUAGUAAAUACUUUUAUCCCGUUAGAUCUCGCGCUAGUUUGUUUUAUUAUCAUUAUUAUUAUUAUCAUCAUCAUUAUUUUUUUUUUAAAUAAUAACAAAACUUUAUUCAUAGAUUUAAAAAAAAAUAGACUAUUUACAGAUUCAAGAAUAUGAAUAUUAAAAUAUAUACCUAUUGUACAUUCUUCUUGUGUACGAAAGAGAAUUGUCGUAAAAUGACUAUCUAAAGACUACUAAUAACAAUUAUAAAAAGCAUCAAAAAGUUAAUAAAGAAAUAAAAACUAUCUAAAAAUAAUAGUUCAAACUGAUAAAGAGUUACUCUCAAAUUCUGGCUUGCGCACUUUCCGAUGUAAUGUCAAUGUCAGAUUGGCUGCUCUUCUCUUGCUCCUGGUUCCUCUGAGACACAGCAAGGCUGAUCGUAGGAUCGCGAUGAUGAUAUUAUUAUUAUCAUUAUUAUAAUUAUUAUUAUUGUUAUUAUUCGAUCUACGAGGAGACGUACCUUACUCGAUUGUUCCAGUCACGUUACAGUCACUCCACUUUAAAAUAAAAUGUGCACAUGGUUACCUCAAUUUGAAGGUGCUCUUAACUGUUAGAUUACGUCAGUGGAAUCUGUUUAUAGGACGCCUCGAAACUCGCAUAGUGUGCAAAUUAACCAAAGGCACGCACAAUUUGCGUAGUGAUUACCUUUUACAAAGGUAAUCCAAACUUUAUGCAACUUAACCAAAGGUACGCACAAUCUGCAAAAUAGCUACCCUCUAAAGGGUAAUCAAAACGAUAUGGCAUCCAUAAAAAUCAGUCAAAGUUACAUUCAGUAAUCACCAAAAUAUAUGAAAUCAAUCGACUGAUUACUAUUGAAAUUCAACAAUUUACGAUGCCCUGCCAUUAUCGAUUUUUAUCGCUCAGUGGAUUUCAAGAGAAUGCUGUGAUAUUGCUUUUUUAACAGAUCAUGGACAGGAUAUUGGAUUAGAAUGCGAAAGUCUGGUAAAAUUCGUUCUUUGGAUGGGUAUCGAGUUUACAGGCUCAAAAAAUAACUCUAUCUUCGAAUACGUUGACAUCUCCCAAGCGUACGAAGCAAUAAGGGGCGUAGGAUUUCUUCCAAUCCUCGAUCACGUGCGCAUUGAAAACUCGGUAUACGGAGUGAGGUCCGUUAAUUCGAGUUCCCGACUGACCAUGCGUAAUAGUAGGGUCAGGAACAGUCGUUUUACUGGUAUCGACAUUAAAGGAAGACUUAGGGAUGUCACUCUGGAGAGCACUAUGGUGGAGAACACAACUCUUGGACAAGGCAUGUUUUACCGUGGUACUGUCCUUCAUGCAGUGGAUUUUUGUUCCUUUGAUGCGAACAAUAACACAGCCUCAUUUCCAUUGAUUUUCCAAGCGUUUGGAAAAGCAUAUUCCAAUGUAGAAUGUGCCAAGGUAAGAAAAUAUUCAUAAAUUCCUGAGCUAUUCAUUAAUAGUAUCAAGCCGAUCUAACUUGUUCAUGACGCCAUGACCGUAAGUUCGUCCCGUAAGUUCGUCCGAGAGUCCUCGUCUCUCCGUCUGUCCUUAGGCAGGCAGAAAUUUCAAAACAAAGCUUUUUUGGGUUCCUUCUCAAACGGAAUAAAUAUCAUCGCGCGGAAUGCCUAUUGUUCUCGAAACAUUUACUCGCAAUAGCGAAAAAAUUAUAAAUCUUUAAUAUUAGUGGCGAAACGUGAAAAUCCAGAUAAAAAGCGAACACAGCAUUAACUCGAGCAAUUUUCUAAACCUAGAAAGCAAUCAUUAUGGUUUUUCUUCAGAAUUAACUUAACCCUUCUCACCCUAACAGCAGUAUACACAUUCUCCCCUCUAAACAUUUCCUAAGGCGCUGAUAAGGAGAAUUUUUUUGACAAUCAAGAGCUUCUUUUAAUGCAAAACAUUUCCUAUAUUCUUGAGACUUUGUUUGAUCUGAAUGGGUGAUAUUAUAAGGCAAAAUUAGAUGUUGCCAAAAAGUCUGGAUAGCAGUAAAUUAGUAACGAAUUUUAAAAUAAAAGACAUUUUCUUAAAAAAACAUGUUUCGACAGUUCUUCUGUCAUCUUCAGUCCUGAUUUAUGCAAAGUACAAAGUUGAAUUUAAAGUGUUUAACUAAAAGCUCAUUGGACAAUACAAACAAUAGAAACAGACCAAUGUGUGUAACUACAAGGAUAGUUUUAAAUUACCAUCAUAAAAUUAAUGAUUAAGAGUAGGUUGCUGCUAUUGAAUGUGUAGUUAGGUGCUUGUCACUGACAAGAGUCACGAGGUUAAGAGCCUCAUCUUUAUUAACUUAUUCCGUGAUGAAAACUUGUUUAACGUGAUAGGAACGAUGGGAUAUUUUUGUUCAAUACUUUUCAUUCGUGGCGUAUUCGAUGAAGCCGUAAUGUAAUGUUUAUUUCGUUUAAUUAGAUUUUACAUUGUUCCUAGGUAAUACGAGCUAAGCCAGGGCAGCACUUGGCUCUGCACUUUCGAUCCAUCACUGGUGCGUAUUUGGAGCUGCACGUCCACGAUGGAAAUUCAACCAAUGCAACAAAACUCAUGUUCCUGGACGAGUUUACAGGUACCAAUCAGGCUGUCACUCCAUACUCAAGUUCUGGUCACGAACUUUACAUAAGAUUUCGAUUUAGUGGUGGCAGCUCAGACGCCAGGGUGAAAUUCAUGGUAACGGCCAACAAAGGUAGGUGUUUUUGCGGCAAUUGCUCCGAGGUUGUGAAAUCAGCUACCGCUUGUCAUUAGGCAAAGUAACUCUGUUGAUAGUUUUAAAAUGGCGUUGAAAACGUACUUGUUUCGUAAGAGCUCUUUCCUUUAGUUGUAAAAAGUAUCGAGACAUUUAUAUGCAGAAUGCGUUUUCAAUAACUUUAAUUGUUAUUUAUUAAUCAAUUAAUCAAUUAAUUAAUUAAUCAUGGGAUCUGUGCGAUGCAGAUUAUGUCGGGUAUACAGCCCGACACCUUCAUCAACGCAUUGCUGAACACAAAAGUUCGGCAAUCGGUAGACAUUUCUUAGAAGCUCAUGGUAACAACAACCUUUUGAGAGAAAGCCAAUUCACGGUUUUAAGAAAGUGCCAGAGCAAAUUUGAUUGCUUAGUAUUUGAAAUGCUCUUCAUCAAGAAACUUAAGCCCAAUUUAAAUAUUCAGACGGACUCCAUACGUGCGAAACUCUUUGUUUGAUAUUUUCUCACGUUACAAUUUUUUUAUCAGCUAUUGUUGUUUUUUUAGCAUUUAUAGACCAAAAAACUCUAUUUAUUUUGACUUGAUAAUGACGUUCAGCCAACGUCGAAACGUCGUCGCUUUUUAGCAAUUUUUUUUAAUCUUAAAAUGAUUUUAAGAAAUGUUUUAUCGCAAUUUUUUAUAGUGAAAUGCUUUUCAAAAUCACUUCUUGUUCGUAAAUUUAUUAUUAUUGUUAUUAUUUUAAGAAACUAAACGUUGCUGCGCUUCAAUUGAAAUCAUCUUCGUUUAAAGAAUAUACUACACAAACAAAACAGAAGACUAACUUAUAACCCUUUCUAACAUGUUCUUUGAAUUCUUCUACACGUAGUAGCUUUGCAAAUAAGUUGCCCACCAUCUGUGCUGUGUUCUCUGAAUUGAUUGAUUCAUUAUCGUUUAAUCUUCGCAGAUUGUUGCUCUCUCAGAAUUUUCCGCUGUGCAUUCAAUGAUAACAAAGCAACUGGAUUAUACUUAGAAAAUUUCAUAGGAAAUAUGAACAUUUCCUCGACCUCCGUCUUAAGGAACAAAAUGGACGGAAUGAUGAUAGACAGAUUUCAGGGGAAAAUGAAGAUAUUCGAUACUCACGUGAUUAACAACAGCGCCAAUGGUCUUCGAAUUGUAUACAGCAGCUUUUUAUCAUGUACAAUUCACCAAAUGUUUUCCAAAAAGAAUACGCUAAAUGGACUAUAUUUUUUGCGCGUUGCCCUCAAAAGUAAUUUUUCUGACUCAGUGUUUAGUGGAAAUGCUCAUAGCGGGCUAGCAAUAGCUUACGGUGCUGGUAAGGUCAAAUGUUGGAACGUAACCUUUGGUUUAAAUAAACAUUGUGGAGUACGGUUUUCUGAUGGUAAAGUAUCUACCAACUUCAAAUAUUGCGAUUUUUCACGCAACAGUCACGAUGGUGGUUAUAUUUCAAACGAGGAGGGAACUCAUCAGUUUUUUAAUUGCACAGCAAGUUUAAACUCCAGGUAUGGAAUUAGUUUGUGCGAUCCUCCACGUGAUAUCUCUCGACAGAGACACUAUUUUAAACAUCUUACUCUGACAGAUUGCGUGAUCAGUGAAAAUGCCAACUAUGGUGUUAAAUUAGCCCUUGAGAAACAUACUUCAAAUGUUUCUAUCACAAUUAACAAAAAUCGCGUAGCAAGUAACAGCGGAGGAGGAAUAAUCUUGUCUCCGGACCACAACCGGUGGUAUUUUGAUAGACCAAGAAGAGUGACGGCCCUUUUGGAGAACAAUCACUUUGAACAAAACAAAGUAAAUGCAAUUUACGUGUACUGCACAGGUUUCCUCGGCAUAGACGCUUUAAUCGAUUCAAACGUUUUUGUGAACAACACGGAAAAAGUAAUCAAACUUUUUGAUGAUAUCAGUUGUGGUAGCUAUAGGAGUAACCCUGUCAAUGUCAAAAUCAGCAGAAACAGAUUUAACAACAACCGUGUCGAAAAUGCUGUAUUUAUAGACUUCUACUCAUAUCCUGAAGCUCGAUUAGCCGUCUUAACAAAUAACACUUUUGAAGACAACGAACCCCAUCUAAAAAAUCUUUUUCCAAAUUUUUUUAAACGGCUCACAAGUCGGGCGAUCAUUGUCUUUAAAGAAGGAAGUUUUACUUUGCGUGAAAACAUCUUUGAAAAUCCCGCCUUCGCUUAUCAAAUCUCUACGCUGCUUUAUGAUCAUCGUCGAAUUAUUGACGCAAAGCGCAACUGGUGGGGCACGCCAGAUGAGUGCAAAAUCUUUGACAAGAUCUUCGAUUUUCAUCACAGAGUUCAGUUGUCGCAAGUGGCUUUCUUCCCGUAUUUCCUCUCUUCAGAAAAACGUGUCAUUCGUUCGAAUACCUCCAGACCAAGCUGUUUUCUACGAGGUUCAACGAUUGGCGGAAUCGUGGAUAGACCGCUUACCCUGUCAAUUACUGAAUCGCCCUACUAUGUUCGAGAUGACAUCAUUAUCUUGACCAACGGGACUUUGGUGGUACCAAAAAAUGUUACAUUGCUGUUUCCUUCCAGAUCAGCCAUGGUUGUAUAUGGAACGCUUCUUGUCAAUGGAACCGAAAGUGAAAAAGUGAGAUUUACGAAAAUAAUUCACCGGGGAGCAUUUCGUCUUAGCGGGGGUGCCGGCCCAUGGGAAGGUAGAUUGGAAUUUUUAGUUAAUGGCACCUGGUGGCCUCUGUGUCUUUCGCAUUACAGAUCGUUUACCUCAGAGGCCAAAAUAAUUUGCCAACAACUUGAUCUUACAUAUUUCUCUCACAGUUUCAAACAACCCUCUGAAAACGAACCUGGUUUCCUUCAUAACGUUGUCUGUGAUGAGAACGUCGAUAGUGACAUAAUGAACUGUAGUUCCAAAACAAGGAGCUAUAGAUCUUCAUGUGGUGAGUACAUCGUGCACGUGUUUUGUCAACAAUACAAUUGGGCGGGACUUCAUCUAACAAUGACACCACAUCAAACCUUUCUACGGCACCUGGAAAUAUUUGAUGCUGGUUUCGCUCAUCGUAGUGACAUCCAAAUUCCUGGUGCCGCUCUUAAAGUAGACUUCUAUCAUCACAAUGUUCGUAUGAGCAAUGUUUUCAUAAACAACUCCGUUGGAUCCGGUAUAGAAGUGGUAUAUCAGAGUCCGUUCCACUACAGGUCGUUGAUACCCCAUUCUACAAUAUCAAAUACAAAGUCACAUGGUAUCCUCUCGCAUUCUCCUUCCCUAAUGGUUACAGACAUAUGCAUGGAAAGAAACAGUGGCAAUGGUUUCAAAUUUCUAAGUACGACAAGCUUGUGGGAAAACACAUAUAAAUUCACUGCCAAAAUGACCAACCAAGACAUGAGCAAGGUUCUCCAUGUCUGCUCUGAGAAUGAAACUGUUGUACCAGCAGGUAAAGUGUUUCACUUUUCCUUAGAGAUAUUGGAAGAGAAAUCAAGCUUCAAAUGUCACCAUAUCUUGAGGACAGAAACCGAACAUAAAAUUGUCAUUCAAGAGCUUUACAAAUCAGCUCAUUGGCAUGCAUCUUAUCUUUACUUGCACGUGUACGAUGGAGUAAAUAUAUCUCAAGGGUCCCCAUGGACGAUGGGGCUGUCAUCAUGGGAUAAUCAGCUAAUCUUUAACUCAUCAAAUUCGUCUAUUUCUUUUGAGUUUUAUAAGCGUGCUGGAAUUAGUGGAGUAAUCAAUUUCUUGGUGUUUACAGUCAAAGGUAAGUAGUAAUCCAUAUUUUUAUAAAAUUUUUCAUGAUUUAAGUACGGGAUGUCUGUAGUCUUAAAAUACAUAAUCCCAAAGAAUUAGACUCUCGAAUUUCUUUUAAAAAUGACGAGUUCCUUCAUUUAAGAACUGGUCCAUUUGGAACUCAAGAAGCUAGAGCUUCGCUCGUGCUUCUCUCGUGCUACCCAAACCUCUAGCGUGCACCAUAACUCGAUAUACGCACAGCUUAAGGCGUGGACCAAUUCCUCUAUAAUAUAGCAACAACAAAGUCGUGGAAACAUUUUUUAUUGAAAAAAGGAAAAAAAGUUAAAAGUUUGUUUUAAAGCCUCUUUAAUCUCCUUUAUCAGUACGCAAAUAAAAAUCUUUCUCAAGAAUUGUUCAGUUCAUGAAGGCUUUUGCCGUAAUUUCAAUCCUUGGUUCACUUGGCAAGCAUUUGGCAUAGUUAAAUGAUAAGUUUAAAAUGAUGUUCAGCAACCCUGGUCAGACCGUAGUGGGAAAAACUGUGCCCGAGGUCGGGGAUAGUUUUUCCCAUUACGGAAAAUAACAUAUUUUUAAUAAAAAAAAAUACUAUUUUCUUUUAAUCAACAGCCAGCGAAAAGCUUGCAUACAUCGGUGGAGAAAUUAGGUUAGCUCGUACAAAGGUUUCUAGCAGUCUUCAAGGAGCUGUUCUUGUUGGAGGUUCCAUGUUGAAAUAUCUCAGCAUCGUUGACACAGAAUUAACUGCCUCCCAAGAAUUCGGUAUCAGACUUGCACCGAUCGGCAUUGAGGUUAUUGAAAUCACCUCAACAAGUCUCCAUCGCAACAAGCAAGGAAUUAUCAUACAGCAUCUUACUUCCAAAGAACUUAUCAUACAAAACUGCAUUAUUAACAGUUCCCUUCUUCAUGGAGUCUAUAUGUUAAUCGAGGGAAGAUCUCACAGUGACAAAGACUCAAUCACGAUUGUAAACUCGACCAUUACAGCGAGUGGUGACUAUGGAUUGGUGACCUAUGAUCACGCCUACGGGUCGCGCCCAGAUUUAUUAUUAAUUAAUAAUAGUUUUUCUCUAAACAAGAAGGGAGCCAUUUACCACAAUAUCUAUACUUAUUAUGAUAGUUAUUCCCCCGCCAUAGUAACUCAUUCCAAUUAUUUUUUUCGCAAUCAAGGAUCCACUGUGGAAAUUUCACUUAACAGGAAUAUUGAUCAAACCUUUACUUUCACUAAUAAUUCCUUUAGGGAAAAUCAAGGCUUCAGUGUAAUCUUGUUGAAGACCAGGUCCUGGCCCUAUGGACGGAGAUCAACCGUAAUUAUUCAAGGUAAUUUAUUUUUGGCGAAUCGAUGCCCAGUCAACGGAGUGAUUUACAUUGGCAGAUAUGCAAGUCGUGACAGCUUUGAGGUUGAAAAUAACAACUUCACACGGAAUUUAGGACCCUGCGUGUUUCUAGAAGGCACGGCAUCUUACGUUCAAAUUUCGUUGCAAAAUAAUCUCUUCAAUGAGAAUCUUUGUGAGGAUAAGAGUGUGAUAGAAGUCCAUCGCCUGGACGAGCGCUUUGUUUUGGAAAACAACAUUUUCACAGCAAAUGAGGCAGAAGGUGUGGUUUUCCUUCAGAUGAUCUAUGACAUCUCUCCAUCCCUUCAGAGGAAAAAGGUUGGCUUUAAUAAUAACACUAUAUUUAAUAAUAUCCCUCACUCUUCUGCACAGUUAUUAAACCACGUUAGCUCCUGCGCAGUUGUUUUCACUGGCAUCCUGUCAUAUAAAGAAAUGGAGUUUCACUUCAACAAAUUGAAUAAUAGUCAAUACAGGAGGGAGCUGUGUUUGAACGUAUCUGCUGUUUCCACUCGUGACGUUGUAAACGUCACACAUAACUGGUGGGGCACAACAAACAUUACUGAAGUGCGUGACAGGAUUUGGGACUUCGAUGACAACUAUGACUUUGCCGUUGCCACAUUAUUGCCAAUUCUUCUGAGUAGAGAUGACCACAUCUUAUCUGCUGUUGGAGAACGUGAAUUUAAAAUCCCUGGCCGUAUUCUGUCAGGGAGAUUGUUGGAGUCUUUAACGCUUCAUCCUUCUCAAAGUCCUUACUUCGUAACUUCGGAUUUAUUUGUUACAGAAAAUGUCACUUUAGCCAUAGAGGCAGGUGUCACAAUCAGCGUAAGCCCCGGAAAGAGCAUACUUGUCGCUGGAACGUUUAAGGCGAAAGGGACAUCUCUACAUCCAGUUGUAUUGACAGUUAAGGAGCCUUCGGACCUAAACAAAAAUUUUCGGUUACCUGUUCGCCUUUUAGAUGGCAGAUUCCCAUGGGAGGGGAGAGCAGAAGUUUUUUACAACAAUACUUGGAAACCAGUGGCUGCUUCAAACUUUAAGGUAGUUAACAAUGUCUCUAACGUACUUUGUAGACAGCUUGGAUAUGGUCCACCAAUGUUUGCAAUUUGGAAGUCUGAUGAAUCUCACUCUAAUACUACUGACUCGUUCCUAAUAGAAUUUUAUUGCUAUGGUAACGAAACAGCCCUAGAUGAGUGCUCUGGAAAUCAGGAAGCGUUAAACAAUACCAAUAUCCUGAGAGAAAUAAAAUGCCAGGGUCAACCUUGGGGGAAUCUGCGCUAUGUAUCCACUGGAGAAGCGAGUAGUUCCAACGCGCGUUCCGUGUUGAAUCACGUUCACUUUUCCCACUGUGGAAGUCACUUAGGAGUGUCGGUACCAGCCAUUGAAGCAGUCAUAACUGCGCCAAAGAUUCAACAUGUCACAAUAAAAAACUGCACCUCCGGCGGCUUAAGAAUCUUCUCUCCAGUGAAUGACAUAUAUCUCAACCACAGCACUUUUUACAACACUGGAGGUUCUGGUAUAAACGUGGUACAGAUACGUGGCAACUUUGUGAUGGAGACCUGCGAAUCAUCCAGAAACCUUCGAGGUCUUUCCGUUGAAGAACCAAAUGCAGAAAACAUCCCUCGAGUCUACUAUGGACGAGUCUUUCUUUGUAGUAUAUAUAAACCUGUUCUGAUAGCGAGUAUCACACUUCUCUACUUUGAUGUUACGCGGCCGAAAAACACAAGGGUAUCGGUAACUUGCCAAAAGGUACUGACAGUGGACAGGGGUAAAGGAAUCAAGGUGACUCUGUUGUACACUAAAGGAACAGGACGGCUGAAAGUUUAUGGCUCUAGGACUCCUUCCAAUUUGAUCAUCGAUAGCUCACAUGCGGGCCUGACUGCUCUUGUACACAAAGAACUUUUCAUUCCACGCAGUAUAGCUUUAUUGGAGUGGGCUGGUGACGUGAACUCGGAAGUCCUUAUUCUGGUAGAAAACAUCAAUAUUGUGGGUAAGUAUCUUCCUACGUCUACAUUUUUUUUCGAUUAUUUCUGUUGCCCCUAAAAUAAUGGUAGCAAAACAUAUCAGUUGUGCAAGAGUUGUAUUUUGUACAAUUUUGUAACACUGUACACGGCGAGGAUCCAUAUUUUUCCAAUUGACAUCCUGUUAGUGAAUUAAGAAAAACAUGGAACAUGGAUUAUGGUCACAUUCCAACGAUUAAUUUCUUGUCAAAACGAUUUCGAAACAUGAAAACCCUGCUUCAUAAAAAAUACCAAAACGGUUUUCCGGUUUGAGUAAAAAAGUUUUUGUACAAAAUGAAUAUUAUCUGACGUUAGUAAUUAUUGUUCUUAGGUAGCCCUUGUACAUUUGAGGUUGGAUACUGUGGUUGGCGUACAUUCAGCAACGUGUCAAUCCAUGGACACAACGUCACCAGAACAUGGGCAAGAUUAGCUUACGGGUGGCCAUUUUACAUACAAGAUUACUCCUACCUUUCUUAUUCCGGUAUGGUUUGUCCUUUUUAAUUUACAACUAAUAUACCUCUAUAGUUUGCACAAAUUUUUUCUUUAUUGAAGGUCUCUAGGGAAUCCUCCACCUUUGCCUUUUGUAAAAUUAUGCUUGCAUCUGCAUGUGAAUAAGGGAAAAUAAGAACAAAAAAAGGUUCUGUGGAGAAUUAUUACCAACCUAGAUUUGGGAAAACAAAACAUAUUAACUAAAAAGGUAUAUGUAUUUUUAGAAUUGAUUAUAGUUUUCGAACAAAAAUUUUGCGACCGUCUUGCUCUAUCGCACAAGCUCCCUUCCGAAAGAUACUUGUGUCAAAACCGUUGUCACAUUUGUAGGUAAAAAUUGUAGGGCAGAAAUCUAGACAAAAGAAAAAACAUACAUUCAGCUUGGCAUUCAUUCCUGACGUGCAGGAAGAUUCCUCUUCGUCGGCGAUUACUAUGGGGUGUUACAAGACGUUCGCGCCGCCAUCAUCAGCCCAUCCAUAAAGAAAUCUUCCCGCUUCUGCUAUGUGAUGUUCACCUACCGCUUGAGGGGAGAAGAAACUCGAUUGUCUCUUUACUUGGAAACAGGUUCGUAAGAACUGCUUCGUACUGUGGUAAUUUUUUAUGAAUCCUUUUUGAAAAGGUUUUUUUUUCUUUUUUCAGUCCUUGAAUUAACAUUUCUUAAUCAGCCGUAGAUUGAUUUCUUCGUCAAGAUAUCUGUUUUUAGAUCGUAUUUGCCAUAAUAGUCGUAUUAAAGUAUGUGCAGUGGACUUGAUUAAAGACCAUCUCAGUUUCUUUGUCUUAAAAAUAAUACAGGGAAAUUUCCCAAGAUCGAACAAAAGCUCAUCUGGAGAACCAAACAUAGUAACAUUAGAAAGUGGAGAAAGAUAAUGAUAGACAUUCCUAACAACGAUGUUGAUGAGUACAGGCUGAUCCUCGAAGCAAAAUACAACAGGUCGUUUUAUGUCUCACCAAACUACGUCGCUGUGGAUAACCUAGUGCUAAGGAGCUGUUCGCAUGAAGGUAAAUUGCUGUUGCUCUCCUGUAGAGUGCAUUUUAAUUGAAAAGUAUGAGCAAAUACAAAGUUAGCACAAUAGUAAAUCAGAGAAAAUAAAAGUCCCACACUGAGGCAUUGAGAAGUCAACAUAUAUAAAGUGUGGAAAAAAGGUAUAAGACACAAUUGGAUAAAGGUUUGCAUGUAAUUAAUUAAGAGUUUUGGAAGAGUUUUCGGAACAACUCACAGAGAGCGGUAAGUUCAACAAAUGCCAUCCAAGAUGGUUUUCAACAUUCAUCUUAACAAUUGCCAUAUUCUGAUAAAAUAACUUCGUCGCCGUGGCGUUUAAACUACACCAUUCCAACAUCGUCUCUCUUGCAGUAUUUUUUUUUUCUUUUUUGAUAGCACUCCUUUUUAAUUUCGUUUGGCUUUCUUCUUUACGAAACUAAACUUUAUCAUCCCAGGUGAGGAAUACCUUGAACAAAAACGCAGUUACAAAAUUCCUUUUCUUUGGAGGGCGGUGGGAAUGGGGAGGAAGGGGGGAGAAAGCAGGAGCACAGCACUCGCAUUAAUCACUUUUGGCUGAACAUUUUUAAGCUACUUACCUGUAUUAAGCACUUUUCUAAUAUGAUAUUUAUUUUUCACAACAGGUGAACAUCGAAUAUUCAACAGUGUAUUUAAUGGUAACUCUCUCCAGAGUAUAGGCUGGACUUCUGUGUCUGAUGGAAGCGAUAUACGAUCUCCUCUCACAAUCGAACGCUGUAAGAUCACCAACACACCCGCCCCUUCUUCAAAAGUGCUUCACAAGAGGGCCAUCUCCAUUGAAAUCCAGGACAACAAGUUUAAACUCAUUAACAACUUUAUAUCUAGUAACCGCAUUGGAGGGAUUGAGGUUAAGCUAGCACAAAGCGGUGGAUCAAGUUUGCGAAAAAAUUUUAUAUACGGCAAUACCUUCUCCUAUAACGCCAAUGGCGCUUUAUCUGUGUCAGGAAGGAAAAGUAACCAAAGUUUUGUUUAUAUUGUCGACAACGCAUUUGACAGUAAUCUUGGGCAUGGCAGUACUCUUAGACUUACCGAUAUACAGAGUGAGGUGGUAAACAAUUUCUUUUAUAACAAUUCUGGACUGUAUACAAUCGAGUUCGAAUUUUCUGGUGCGUUGCCUAAAGAACAGAAAUGCCAACACAACACGUUUUUCCUCAACAAAGACAUUGGUCAAAACUAUGGUGUGACAAUUAUGUCAAACGGGCCAAUGGAAUACUACAAUAAUAACCUAAAAAAUCCAUACAAUCUUUACGAGCUAAGCUCGACGAGGCAAGCAGUUACUGACCCGAUUUUGGCAACACAAAACUGGUGGGGCACUGGAAUAGAUGCUUUUGUUGGUUUGCGAAUUUAUGAGAAUGAUGAUGAUUACAGACUGGGAGCUGUGCAAUACAAACCUUUCAAGAAAUUACCUCCCAGGAACAUCUUAUCCAGUAAGUGAAAGAAAAAAUAUUAGUAAGACAAGAAACUGCCAAUAUAUACGAGUGUAAUUUGGUUUGUUUCAGUAGCAGUUGACGUCAAAAGUUACUGAAGGUUUUGUGUCAUUUUACAGUUGGUUGUCCUGCUAACUGGUUUAAAGCAGGCUCCACUUGCUACACUAUCAGAAGGGGAAGUAGGAUGCGCAUGGAGGCAGAGGAUUAUUGCCAGGUACGACGAAUAGCUGAGACAAAGUGUCCCUUUAAGUUGUCAUUUAACUGACUCUGUGUGCUAUGUUGACCUUUCUUUUUCUCCUAAGGUGUGACUCAAAGUAAGUGCGACACUUAAGCUGGGGCCUAAAGGAAAAGUGAAUAUGCUUAUGAGUGACUGAACGAUAUAGACUACGAGCGGUCCCUCCUUUUCGGCGAAGUCCGUCCGGUAGCGCAAGUCAAAACAGAUCAGUGAAAAAAAAAUAUGAUAUUAGUGAGCCGCGGGGAGGUCCUCGAGUAAGAGACCGGACUGCCAGAGUUCGCGCAGCACUCUGCAUCAUUUCUUUUUCACUGAUUUUUUUUUUCAUUAGCAUAACAAACUCCAUUGACUACAAAAGAGAUAUUCUCACGAGUUUGUUUGCGAAAUAUUUCGCAGUACUAUUUCAUUAUUCUUGUUGAAUUCUAUUCACUUGUAUUUAUUCAAGUACUAUGGAGGGCAUGUGACGUCGGCGUCUUCACCAAAUGACAUGGAAUUUGUCAACAUGGCGAUGAAGGCAACGAGACCAGACGGUAAAUCCGUCGUGCCAAUUUGGUUGGCAGCUGAAGGCGACUUCGUAAGUGUUUAAUUAUAUGCAAACCGGCGGAAAAAUUAGGAUUUGUUAGUUCCACGAUGUAUGUAUAAUUCACAUUUGCUGAGAAAAUUCACUUCCUCUCUGCAGCACAAAUACUUAGAACAAACGAAAAACAGAGGUCAGCAAUUAUUUUCUUUGAUGAGCUCAUGCACAAUGACAUAGAAGCUCCUUAGUGGGAAAAACUGGACUAAGUUGGCUGCAAAUGCGUAUAAAUGUUGUUUUUUAAUUAACGUUGCUCCAUGAUUGUUAUAUUUUUAUAUUUUUACAGGUGGAAAUGAUUGGCAGUGAACAGAGGAACAAGCGCUGUACCAUCAUGACACGUAGUAGAAUUACAAAAGUUGUUCCUUGUAACAGUCUUUAUCCAUUUGUAUGCAGUAGAGGAGCUGGUACGUACAUUGAUAUGCAAUGCAAUAAAGUAUUUUGUUACUGCUAGUUGUUUGGCACGAAAUAUUUCUAAUAAUGAUAUAUUCACAAUCACAAUUCUGACCUCACUUACCCUCCAUCUUCGAACAAGAACCUUUUUGCUUGAAAUGACCCUUGCAUACUUCUAGAAUUGACUACUGUCCCAUUUUCCAGUCAUCCGCUGUCCAAAUGGCUGUUUUCACAACGGCGACUGUGUCGGCGCUACUUGCUUCUGUUACCGUGGGUGGUUUAGAAGUGACUGUUCUCAGUAUCACUGCAAUGACGUGCAUAAUUGUUCGGGCAAUGGACAAUGUGUUGGACCAAACGUGUGCAGGUGUACACCGGGAUAUCUCGUAAGCAUGCAUGCAUUUUUUAAUUAUUUUGUCAACGUUUUUUAGGUCAUCCAAGGCGUUUAGAGAAGUUUCUUAACGUCUUUCCUACGAUUGUGCGCUCUUUCCUACGAUUACUUUAGCAUCCAGCGAUCGUGCCAAGACAAUUCGUAAUAUAACAGGCUCUUGCCUAACGAUUCCGAUGUACCCUCCCAAACGCUGUCCCAUAUCUGCAUGAGAUUUCGGUAAGGGUUUACUUCCUCUUCUGCCCUAUGUAAUUCUAAAGAAGAUAUCCUCUCUCGGCUCCUAACUAUAUGGCAAGUCAAGCUGUUGUCCGGUUAAGUAAACUUGACUGUGUUUUGAUACAAAACCCUAAGGAGAACGAUUCUAUGCCUUGUGAAGUGCUUACGGAUUCUUGUCAUUCUAUAGGGUCGAGGAUGUACCUACUCCUAUUGUUCGAAGUUUCAAAGAUGUUCUACCUGCUCCCAGGACCCUUUUUGCGGCUGGUGCGACAGUUCAAAGCUGUGCAUGCCGGGAAAUUCUCUCGGGCCCAGGUCUUUCCAGCAAUGUCCAGAUUGGUUCUUCUACACUUGUUACACUACUGGAAGUGUCAAUUAUUGUUCCAGCCAAAUACAGGUAAGACUUCUUGUACGAGCUUUAUUAUUAAUGUUUAUGCCCACCAAAGAGUGAAGCAUGAAACGGUUAGAGUGCUGAUGGAAACAAUAUAAACAAAUCGUAUCUUAGUUAUGUACAGGUGUAAAUAAUAAAGGCUGAAAAUAACAAGACUAUUUUUCUUAGAUUUCAAUGCAUUGUCAGUUUGGAAGUAUUGUUCAUUUAUCGUAUCAAUUGCGAUUAAUUGUGUUUUAUUAAAGGCAUUUACUUGUAUUUUAUAGAGAGUGGACUGUGCCAAUAGACAGUGUAACGCUAGCCAUAAAACAACUAAUUCAGAGUCCUGUCAAAAGUGUAAAGAUCUUGAAAAGUGCUACAACAACGUGGUAAGGAUUCUUUUUUUUUUUAAAGAUAUUAAGGGAAGCAUCUAUGAACACCUUCCUGUAUCUGAUAAAAGGUCUGUCUCCCUCUUCAUAGGAGAGAGGAAAAUGCAGAACUUGGAACGAAACCCGUUGUCCUCAUGGCCUGAUACAUGUAGAUUACACAGAUCCAAAGCGAGUAGAUAAUACUCUAUUACGUACCAAUGUUAAGAUAGUUGAUCCAAAUAGCACCAUCGUUUACCGGUGUCCCGUUCGAAAUGGCCGUGAAGAAUCAAUGACGCUGCUUGUCGCCCCCAGAAGUUUAGGUAUUCAACCUGGUGACAUUCUAGCUAGUGCACAAGCAGGUGGUUUGAUGCACACUAUCAAUCAAACCAUAGCCGCCGGUAAGGUUUGAAUUAUUAUACUAAAAGUAUACACACUAUGAGCUGUUCUAUACCUUGCUAAGGCAUAUCAGAAAUAAAAGGACGGGAUUCUUUUCUACUUAAUGUGGAUCUCGGGCUGAGACGUCCUAACCUUAAAUAGCCUUCAAUGAAGUAUGCUUUGUCGCAUAUAUUUCAAAAGUUGACGUUCAAUUUUUUUUUUUUGUGACCGCAGAAUCCCGAUAUUGAAUCAAAGGCAGUCUAUGACCGCAUGUGCUUACUGUUGUUUAGUCUAUUUAUUACACCCACUUUGAAAUCACUGGUGGUCCCUUUAAUCUAAUUGGCUCUAAUCGGUGCGAUUUAUUCACAAAUCGCAUCAUUUUUUGCUUUAAAUCCCAUCUUUUUCCUAGACAGUGAGGAGGCUACACUAAAAACAAAACAAUCAAUCAGAUUUCAAGGCUUGUUUAAAGUAACCGAUCAAAUGGUAGGAAAAUGUGAGACAAAGAGUAUCAUGUGGCGAAUUUUGCUGCUUUUGUUUCCAAAACUGUUAUUAUUUCCCCCAAAAAAUGGAUGAUUUUAAUUUCAAACCAGCUCAGUACUGCAUCAAUAAAAUAUUUGAACUGACCAAAUCCUGUAUUUGGGCGAUUUCAAAAUGGAUGUAAUAAAGUGGUAAUUGAACCUCAUGUCGUAAUUGAAAUGAGUGGAGUGCAAUUUUGGUCUGAAAUCAUACUUGUGAUUUCAAAUCGAACUCGCACUGCGCGCUCGUUCAAUUUUGAAAUCACGCGUAUGAUUUCAGCCCAAAUUGCACUCCACUCAUUUCAAUUACCAUUAUUAAUCUAUCUAUUAAUGGAGCAUUAGAGUAAUAAAGCAAUGUGUCGUAAAAUGCAGAGAAGUUAAUGAACAGCGCUUGUGGGUUGGUUAUAACUGCUCCUCUCCAUUCCGAAGGUUUAAGGUUCGAAUACUCGGCAUCAGUUUGUUUUUUUGCCCUUUUUUUUCUUUUCUCUUCUUUUUCCCUUUUUUUUUUCCUUUCAAAGAAUAUGUUGGAAAUGUCCAGAUUAACACGCACGUGUGAGAGCGAUUUAUUAAAGGACGUGGCUUUUACGUUGAAAUCGUGACAAUAAUCGAAAUGAAGAAGUGGUGAGACCCUGACAUCGAACAACCAAUCAAAAUCUAUAAUUAAUCCGAGAAACCCAAUCAGAUUUGUUCAACUACGGCUAGUACCAGAGCUGAGCUAGAUUACAAGAAUCGAGACGCGUUCCAAGAGACGCGAUAGUCCGCCAUUUUGAAAACCGUGGGAGGUUUGGGGUAGGGGUUAUGGACUUGCACGACACCGUAACAUAGGGUUUACGGCCUUCUUAGGGGGAAGGUCAAUGUAUGUGGGCACAAGAAAAAUACACGAUGAUAGCUAUAAAAGACUUACCUUGAUUUUUGAUAUUUGACAUUAAAGGCCCUUUUUCAAUAAUGAUUGGAGAACCUGCAAGGAUUGAGGAUGUUGUCCAGUACGCAGAUUUCACGGAGAAAGUUUCUCCAACUCAGGUGGUCGACGAAUCUACUUCGGAUGAGCAGCCAGAUAUGGAUAAUCUAGUUGACAUUAAGAAUGGAACCUUAAAGCUGAACAACUCUAAUGUUCACAUCUUACCAGAGGGUAAACCCCCCUUAAAAAUAGUUUUUGAUAUUUUGUACAGUGUUAUUUAGCAACUAUUUACCGAAGUGGCAGAGACUAGUAAUUGGUUUUAUCUGCCGAGCCGAGCCGCAAAUGUACGCCGUUAACCAACUCGACCUCAGUGAAUAGCUGUUUUAGAACAGCGAGAUAGUAUAGCACAAAAACUGAUUUUAACUUAAUGAUUCCUGUAGCGAUUACAAUAUUUUCGGGCGCAAAUCCCUCCCGCAUGCGUUGUUCGGAGGUAAAUGCCAUAAGGAUUGCGUGAGAAAAGAGAACAUAAAAAAUCUUUCGAAGAGCAGGUUUAAAUGAAGUUAAGUUAAAUUCAGUGGCGUGUAAUACUUUGUCUCACAACUCCAUGAUCAAAACAAAUACAAAAUCUUCAAACGUGAUUGUAUACCGUUGGGCAGCCGAAUUUGAGCACUCAAUAACUUGGCCUUUUUUUAAUUUUGCUUUCAGGGACAUCUAUUUUCAAGUGCUUGGGACACAUUUAUAAAGUGGAGGAAGGUCUAGCAUAUUCUCAGUUUCUAGUUAUAGAGAAAAAAAACUCGUUCAGUGUUCGACCUGGAGAUGUGGUAGUUUCUGAACGGAGUCACGGCUUUAUUGAAAAGGUGACCAGACUCAACAAGACUUCAAAUAUGGUUUUCAUGGAGACAGAACUCGAGAGGUGUACGGAGAAUUCUACCUGGACACGAAGGUAAACGAAAAAUCCUAGAUGUCGUUGAAAAAACUCACACCUUACGACUUUCUUAAUAAAACCGUUUUUAUUAAUGUGUUGGGCGGUAAUAAUAAACGCUGAAUUAAGCUUUAAAAUCAAGAGGGAAUAAUUUAUCGCGUUCGUGCGAGUGCUUCUAGUUGUUGGCGGCAUCGAAAUCAUAGGCACAGGAGGAGGGGUUUGCCCUACUUGCAGCACAAGCUUUUUAAAGAACUUCAUGAAUCGUAAACAAACAGACAAACAACCAAACAAAAACAAGCAAACAAACAGGAGUUCACUUAGCAUGACGAUCAUUGCUUCUUGUUUCGAUAUGAAGAUUUACACCCCGAAUCGCCGAUUCUGCAUCUGAUGAUGGCGUAUUUUGUGCUGGUGGUGACAACAGUUAUGGAUUGAUGAUAACCGAAUCAGACGCCGAUCCACAACACGUGUCAACUAAGGAUUCUAUCAUCGGAAGAACCAGUUAUCCCGUCCUCGCAAAGGUGAGAAAAACACCGGGGGAAUUCAUCCUAAACGUAGUAGAGCUGAGGCAGACAACCAACAACAACAACGACAGCAAAAACAUGACACGCAUAAAAGUCAUGUCCGAAACUGCAUCGUGAAUUCUUUAUUAACACUUAACUCGCUUUGCCUGUUUAUGACACAGACUAUAAAAAAAGUGUUAAUUAUCUUUUUUCUCGUUUACACAGUAGUUAUUUUGUUACAAUUAAAAAAAUCUGUUUUUAGGUUGUGGGAUCAUACAUGAACGGGGAUUUCUGGAUGAUAGAAGUCCUUCCUGUUUUGUCUGUUGAGAAUGGUACAGCUGUUACCAUGGUAAAGCUUGAUCAACUCCAUAAGAAACGCAGAAGACGCAAGAGAGACAAUUAUUAUAAUAGAGAGCUUCCGUUUUCGAAAGCUUUCGUCGCGAAGCCGAUUAAAAUAGCACUUGCUUUCUCAAAAGUGCCGUAUGCAUCGGGCUACAUGACUAUAAACCAUAAACUCUCAAUAUCUUCAAUCCUUACUGUGUCCAUAGUCGUGUCUUCUAAACGAAACCAGAACGGUAAAAUGAUCCCAGAAGAUGCGUCUGUAGGGGUAAAGAUGGAUGGUACUGUCACAUAUGAUGUUGGUGUUGACUUUAUAGUCAAAGCGCGGUAGGAUGUCAUACUUCUUUAUACUAUCAUCAUUCAGUUAUCUUUAGUAGAGGAUGGAAUAUUUCAAUUGGGAAUUGCAGUGUCAAUUAUUACCUUAUCGUGUUUUUCUCGUUUGUUAAGCUUCGCAAAGCCCGGAAUGACUAAGAUCAGCCGCUUAAAAAAAAAUUGUUUUCGGCUGAAAACUGGUUACUCUUGGUAAUAGUCAUUGUAAGAUUUCCCCGCGCUGAAAAGUCAAAAAAUUAAAAAUGGAAAAGAGGUCUAUUUCCAUUGUGUUGUACUCUGCUCGAAGCGUUGAGAAGAAAACACUUUUGCGUCUUUUGAUGAUAGGCUACAAAAAAUAAAUAAAUAAAGCAAAAUAGAAAGGAUUUGAUGUUUGCGCGUCUUGCAGAGUGCUCACAUAUUUUUUUUCUUAAUAAUACAAUGUUUGUUUUUUAACUCGCGCAAUAGACUUUACCAGAAACGAGAGACUACUGGUAGGCUAAUAUAUAUGGUGAUGCACGAUUAGAUUAAUGACUAUCGCGAUUUUUAGAAAGUGAGUGGACAUCUGCUCUUCUUAUUUGAGGAUGUGUGGAGUCCACGUUCUACUUGGAAGAGACUUUGAAAAACAUAGCUGGCACUACCCAAAUUUUUUCAAAUAAACCUGGUCUGAUACCGACUAAAAAGGUCCAUCGAUUAAAAGAAAGACUCAAACAACAUAACCAAAGUAAAACAGUUGAUCUAAAAAUACCACGACCUAAGAAAAUAUAAAAAAAAAAACAAAAGAUAUCUGACAAGUUGUUUCUAUGAUCAUCAUUGCCAUUGCCAUUAUCUUAAAUGUUAGCUGUAUUGUUAUCAUGAAACUGGUGCAUUCCCUGGUGAAACUUGGUGCCCUAAGAACUUUCUGUUCGUAGAUCUUUGAGUUGAUGUUAGUUUUGUUGCAGUUAAUUUAGAUAAUAUAAAGUAAAUAUACUACAUUCUUCUGUCUGAUUCGUUUGCAUAGGCUACAUCUCACUAAAGAGAAAUUUCCGAUACUACGUCCAAUUAGGAUAGCAGGAAUUUGCAUCCCCAUCAUUUUCGGGCUAUGCAUACCAUCUGCCAUCUUUUUAGAAGUUUACGGACAACUUGACUUAACAGCUGAGGUACGUUUUUGUAUUGAUUUGAUCAUUCAUCUAUAUCUAGAUGUCCAUUUUUUUUGUCUACCUCUUCAACAGAAUGGGGUUAGAACCUUUUUUUUCGUUUGGGUUGUCCCUGUCUCCUUCGUUGGUAAUAUAUUUACAGGCGAUGUGAAUGUUUUAUGGAUUGUGAGAACCGCGAGGUGGAUUCCGACAUGCCCUUUAAAAAGACAUCGGCGUUACGUUGCCUUUCAACUUAGUGAUUAAGUAAGUCGGUGAGUGCUUCGAUUACUGAGUUUGUUGUCGUGGUUGCUCCUGGAAAACGCAUGGUCACGGUAAUUUUUGUCAGUCAGAUACAUUAAUAGAAUGUUGAGUAGCAAAUAGUGUGCUUGUCUCGUCAGAGUCCUGACAGUCUUAGUUUUCUGAUAAGUCAAGUCAUACGAUGAUUCAAGUCGACCAUUACUCUGCCGUUGUACGUCAUUUUCCUGUUGAAUUUGGUCCGUAAUGUGUCCCCUUACGGCUCGUCCAAGCAUUUUGAAAAGGGUAGUCUUCAAAGGAAGUUUUCCAUUUUCUUUAACUGCUUUUUAAAAAUUUGUGGACGUUUCUAUUUGCCAACGCGGUCCUCGAAUGUGCCAAUCUCGUCCUUUUGUGCGGUGGAAAAUAAAUCUUUCUCAUAAGGUAGUCAAAAUGGUAGUGCUUUUCGUAAUGGUGCGAUACUCCGUAUUUUGAAUCAAAAUUUCUGAAACAGUAAAGGUGAGUUGAAAGUCUAGUUACAUAUUUGAGAAAAAAAAUCACACCCUUGCUUCUGAUUGGCCAGCUAACAAUUCCCAGCUUGUUUUUAAGCAAUAUAGGUAGGUUUAGAAGCUUCUAGGUUACAUGUUUCUGGUCUAAACUGUAUCUAAAUUUUCUCACCAGUAUAAACGAUGAGGUCUUAACUCUAUGUUCUUGAUUUUUAUAUCUUUAUUGCAUGACGUUAUUUUUCAGUAUGAAGUUGAACUCCCCAUGAGGAUGGCAAGGUCCAUCAAAUUUAUCAUCGAGGGAAAUUGCAGAGCUCUCGAGGGAUGUCAGAAAGGAAGGAGCCAAGUGAGUAAUGAGAGCUAAAUAAUUCAUCAAGUCGUUGAGCCGGUCGAGCAGGCAAGCGGAAAGUCCGGUCGUUCGUCCUUCCGUUUAGCAAUUGGUCCGUCGGUCAGUGGGUCGUCAGUUCAGCAGUAGGUCAGUUAGAGAGUCAGUGAUUAGCAUCAUCAAUAAGUCAGUCAGUCGGUCGGUCGGUCAGUCGGUCAGUCAGUCGGUCAGUCAGUCGGUCAAGUAACUACUGUUUUUACCACAGUAAAGCCAUAUAGAUUUGUUUUGAUGUUGUUGUUCUAGUUUACGAGCUCCAGUUAUUUUUCCGUUGAGGAUGUUGAAUCAAAAGCUAAACAGCUGGAAGCAGAGCUUUCUAUAACUCCAAAGCUUAUUCUUGGAAUUCCUGCUGGUGGGACACGGCGCGAGAAAGGAGGUUCUCUGGAUAUCCUGGAUUUUGUUAAAAGGGCUAUUCCGAGUCUCUCGAAUCUCUUUAAUUCGUUCCGUGAGUAUGUCAUUUGUGUCAAGUUUGUGUGUGAUUUCUGGCUGUCUAAUUUAAGAAUCUCCAGAGAGUUUAUGAGGCCGCGCAAAAAAAAAACAAAAAACAAAAAACAAAAAAAAAGAAAACGCGUUCCCAGAUGGUUCAAAAGAUCUUUUAUACGAGAGUGUAGGCACAUGCUUUUAGCUGCUGCGUACAUACCAGAGGAUCCACGCAGAGAAACCGAAUGUUAGGUUUUUUUCUGCCUUUUGUGACGUCAGCGUAACGAAAGCUGUAUAAUCAACCGCGAAUUUUCUUGCGUUACCUUUCGGAAAUCGUUGUUGUUGUUGCUGCUGUUUUUGGUCUGGGCGCGCGAAAAUUGGCUUGCUCCUUACUUGUUACAGUUCCUAUCAAAAACCCUAUUCUUGUAAAAAUUCGUCGAAGCUAAUCAAUAAUUCUUUGAAAAUAACAAAGUAGAGAAUGAUUGGCAAAACUGGUUCGGCACGAGUCACGGAUCAACACGAGUCGGUAAAUGGAGUGUUCGAACAGGUUGUAGUUUUCUACCAAGAUUCACUUAAAAUAUUUGGAACUUUUUUGUGCAUUAAAUUUUUUAGACUCUCGUGUAAAUUAACAUAUAGUUAAGAGUUUACAGUCCUGUUGUAGUAGGUUCGAACGAGUAUCUCAGUAAACUCGAGAAGUUCGAGGAAAAACAUGGGGCAUUGCAUCUACAUCGGUAGAAUUAGUCAUGGUUUGGCCAUGGCAGAUUUGUAGGAAAUGAAAGAAACCUUUUUUUUUAAUCUAGGGGUGAUGAUAAGCGUGAUGUCACUUUACACGGACAUAUGGGACUAAAACUCAUCUUAAGAAAACCGCUUAAACAAUUUCCACACUGCAUAUAGACUGAUUCUUAGCUAACCUAAAAUAAACUACCUUGGAUUCCCACGAACCUUCCAAACAUCAAAGGAAGGCCACUUCUGUCUAGUGUGGCUUCUUUGAUGAACCAGGGGUCUCAGAUAACUCAACACGGUAAAAAUUAUUUAACGAAAGUCUACUUACGAUCGAGUCAAUUAGGGAUACAUCACAAGGAGAAAAUUCUAACAAGAGAUUAAUUGAUAUCCUUGAUAAGAGUAUUUAAAAAGUGUGAGCGACCUUCUACGUGUGCCUCACGUCCCGAACAUCUAAUACGGUGGCCUAAUUGUUUUCAUCAACGAAUAUGUUUCGCGGAAGUGUAAUUGAAAACUCCGUUGAUCACCCUUGGAAUGCUAUCCUCAAAGUAAUCAACUUAACUGACCAAACUAAGUCACUAUGCAGGAUAAACCGUUUGGCUGUGCCACUCACAGGCUUUGUAAUCUGCUAUCAUUACUCUUGAGAUUUUUGUACUUUUAUGGUGGAUUUAAUCAGGAAUACUCAUUUUUUUCCGUUAUUCGUCUUCCAAUUAGCGAGCGACGACGACACGGAUGAUGGUGAUGUUUAUUCAGGUGAUGUUAACGACGAUCAUUACCAUUUUGUAAAAAGUUGUCAGUACACUGUAAUUGGUGAGAGUUCAUUUCUAACGACCGGAGUAUUGCUCAGUCCGUAGAACUACGAACGAAGUUUGUAAACAUGAAAUAGAAUGCGGAAAAUCGCAGUACACUAGUUUUCUCUUUAGCAAUAUUCUCAAACUGCACUCAUUCAAGUCCCUUUCUCCACAGUUUAUUACCUUGAAGACUAUGACUAUGAAGAUCAACGUAUAACUGGGCUGGGUAUUUCAAUUAUUCAACUCAGUGUUGGGGUUACUUACGGGAUCAGGGCAGAUUUUGAUUGGUGCAGUGACUUUUGUAAAACUAAACGACGACCACAUGAACUUAAAAUAACUCCCCUGGGAUUCACGGAGAUGGUCAUUGGAUUGGCGUUUCACUUACCUGGAGGAUCUAGGAAAGGCUUAGAGUUCAAUUUAAUUGGAAACUUGAACUCGAGGGAAAUGAAGCCCCUAAGGUUUGUGUCAAUCUUGUACCAGAUUUUUGUCAGAUAGCCCACCGCCAAGACUUUGUAGGAAAAUGAACUAUCAUAGCUAGUGCCACCUAACAGUACAGUGCAGUUAUUUCAAUUAAAAAUAUAAAAUAAACAGAAGUUGACUAUAAAAAGGAGUUUACAGAUCUCAAGACACCGGAACCAUUUCGACCAUUUUGAAUCCAGUGCAGGGUAAAUUUUGGAGUGAAUGUAUGCAUAAGUGUUACUAUGGCAUGUGCACUCGGCAUUUAACAACCGAUACGUAUUUAGAACCUUAACUUCUUCUUGUGCUCUGUUUUCAGGAACUGCUUUCAUUUGCCAUGUCCUAAGGUAAUUCUGCUUUGCAAUUUGCUGUGUAUUAAGCCCAACUAGUUUUUACAAAAAUACUCAUCGAUAGGCAGUGCUGUACGACAUAGUGGUCGGACUGAGCCAAAAAGGUUCGUUAUCUGAUAAGGUUUAACAAAUAGAGAUAACAAAUUACUCGUACUUAAUAAGCAUUAGUGAUUUGCAAAUAAUUGUGCAUCUACUGAAUUUCACACUACUUGUGUUUACUUCGUCUGUGCGUUUACACAACAGGCUAAGGGACCUACAAAGAAGCGAUUUGCACCGAGUUAAGUUUUUACGAUCUAAUUUUUUUUCCCAGUCUCUCUGUGAAUGUCCUCAAAAAACAACGACGACGACAACCAAUCCUACUACAACCGAAAAAACAACAUGGUUUACCACCAGCCCUACCACGACCGAAAAAACAACAGAGUUAUCAACCAAUCCUGCCACGACCGAAAAAACAACAGAGUUGACAACCAACCCUACCACGACCGAAAAAACAACAGAGUUGACAACCAACCCUACCACGACCGAAAAAACAACAGAGUUGACAACCAACCCUACCACGACCGAAAGAACAACAGAGUUGACAACCGAACCUACCACGCCCCGAACGACGACGACAACCAAUCCUACUACAACCGAAAAAACAACAUGGUUUACCACCAGCCCUACCACGACCGAAAAAACAACAGAGUUAUCAACCAAUCCUGCCACGACCGAAAAAACAACAGAGUUGACAACCAACCCUACCACGACCGAAAAAACAACAGAGUUGACAACCAACCCUAUCACGACCGAAAGAACAACAGAGUUGACAACCGAACCUACCACGCCCCGAAAAAAAACAACUACUCGCCCCACAAAACCGCCUCCGACCACCCCUCCUCCUUGCAGAUGUGAUGGUGGAGCAGAAGCUCUGGUUGAUUCUGAUGGAAGUUGUCGCUGUAAACCGUAAGUGUCGUGAAAUCACUUGAGGAUUCUAAUGCAAUCGCAAACACUUCUAUCAAGUACUGUAAAUGCAAUGAAAAAUUUGAUUAUUGGAGAGUAGUCCGUCAAUAUAGAAAAUCGUGCGAUAUUUCAUAAUAGCCCAAUAUCUGGAGCGAAUAUUGCGUUUUUCAGGUCAAGAUCAAAGUGUGCUUAGUUUCAAAGUCUCUGUCCAUGUGGUGUUCUCAAACGUUUGCAAACUCAGGGAGAAGUGUCCUCUUUUGCAGAUGAUUUUUAAAAAAUGUGUCAUAAAACGAUCAUAAAACGAUCAUUGAUUUGAAUUCGGUUUUCGCAUAAAAUUAUGAAUAAUCAAACUUCGUGCCUCGUGCCUGUGUUAUCUGCCUCAGCCUUUAGCUUCGGCAGAUUACUCAGACCUCAGUUUUUAUAAUUCAUGAUAUAGCGCUCAAGCUUAUCCAAGAAUUUCUUACUAUAUGGCACAUCAAUACUGGCGAACAAUGUGUGAGAGAAUAUAUUUAGUCGUUUAUGCGAAAUUUGUGGUCGGAAAAUGUCAAUUUUAACUGAUAUGUAAGAUAAAGAAGAGAACGAAAUGGGUCAAAGUAUUGUUCGCAUUCGAUGGCGACCUUGAAAACCAAAGUUCUGCAGGAGAUGUCCAACUCUUUUUCUAGCGUAAAUGGGGUAGCGCAAAUGUUAUCUUAAUGUGUACAAGUCAAUUCACCUCCCUUCAAGCAAUGAAAUUUGAAGUUACUUUGAGUGAGUUUCUGAUACGUCGACCAAGCGUUAAUGAUGAGGUGAACAUUGGCGAUUAUAUGAAGUUUUACAGAAACUGGUCUUCGUGUUGUGGGUUUAGGUACAUUCAGGUUUGAUUUCGGAUUUGAGACUUUUCUUUAUUAGUGACCUUAAUAAUACCUUGAUUCCUAUAUCAUCUGUGUAAUCUUAAGGAAAUGCCCGGAAGGAAAAGAACCCGUUAUUGUAAACAAUCGAUACAAGUGUCCAGAACAUCCACCCUGUGGUGAACCUCCAAAUUGCGUUGUGGGAAGGAAAGGACCCGGAUGUACUCAACCAGACGUGCAGCCAUGCUCAGGUUAGGAAAAGAACUGUGGUCCAUCAUUGAUUUCACUUAAUACCCUGAUGUGAUAAGCCACGCAAAAUGCUGGAAGAACACGAGUGACCGUAUGACGAUUGUUUCUUUUGCAACCUUAUAAAACUAGUAUAACAAUAAGUCUUACAGCAGAAGACACUCUUACAGAACAAAAUGACGGAAACACAGAGAUUUUUGCAUAAUCUUGAACUCGCAACAAGAAUUAAAACAUUAUUUCUCUGAUUUUUAGCAUUUAUAAUAAUCAAAUAGCUAUAAGCCAGUUCGUGACGGAUUGUAAUUGGGUUCUUUAGCACCAGAAAACGAGUAUAACAAAUUGUCUGAAAGUAUGUAUUCAUAUGUCUGCGUUAUGUCGGUUAUUUUAGCAAGCUGUUCUGGUAAUGGCUAUGCAAUAGCUACAACAAACUGUGGGUCUCAGUGUAUUUGCUCCUUUUGGUGGAUUGGAGCGUGCUGCGAAAUAAGGCUACCGCGAUGGAACUGGGGUGAUCCUCAUCUUGGGACGUUAGAUGGUAAGCUAUUUCAUAAAAAGAUCGAUGCUUUAAAACACUAAUUUGUGUGACUGCCUUUAUACACGGAAAGUCCUUAUGUAUUCUGAAAGCCAUAAUGUCCUCAAGUACCUCUGCCAAUGCUUUCUUUAGCCUUAUUAUUUUCAGCUAGUUUCCAGUUAUCAUAUACUUUUAAAUUUUUCCGGCAGGCAUUGAUUUUGAUUACUUUGGAAUUGGCGAAUUCUGGGGAUGUAAAAGUAUCUUCAAUGACUUUGGAAUUCAAUUCCGCUAUUUUGCUUAUCAACGAGCCUCGCUUACAGGGGGCGUGGCAAUUAAGGCGGGACAGAGUGUACUGUCAAUCAUGGCUCUUAACACGAGUAAUCCCGACCAAUUUCCGAAACUACGGUAAGAAAAGUUUUUAGUAAAAUCUGUCAUUGAAAAGCCCUUCAUUUCUUAAUUUCAAUUUUCUGUCAAUAAACAGGUAGAAAUGGGGGAAGAAUAAGUACUACUAUAAACUGUAAAGCAGUCUGCACAAAAAACUGUCGAUGACCUUUUGAGUUAGUGUAGGUUUGGGCACUGAGUUCUUUCAGUCUGUCACUCAUAUGUGUCAAAUUUCCAUUUAUCCCAACUGUAACUGACAGGAAUGGAAAGCGCGUGGCACUGAAAGUUUUCCCAUUUUUUUCCUUUGUCAUGAAAGCAUCUCAGGAGUUCCAUGCCACUGGGGAUUGUCUCCUGAGGGCAUCAAAGAUAAAACUAGCUACGUCGAUGAAAAGUCUAAGGCAGCGCUGUAUAAGUCACAUAAUUCAGAUUCUCGCCACUUGUAUAACCUGACCGUGAAAAUUUUCAGAUACGUCUCACGAAACCGGCGGUAAAAAUGAACAAAAGUAGCUGACACGGCCUCUUGCCCCAAUAAACUGGAAGAAAAGGGGAUUGUAUUUAAAACUUAAAUUUUACAGCGACUCGCCGUCAAUAUCGAACAAAAAAAAAAGAGGAAAGCGAUUUCAAAGCUUCCUACCUUGAAUUAGCAAAGAUAUUGAAAAUAAAGAAGUCCUCCUUCCAAAAUUUGGUCUGAAAACAUGUUACUAUGACUCCUUAUACUUUAUGCCAGCAAAAGGCAUUAAAGUAUUCUGGAAUUCGCCUUCAUCCUUUUAAAUUUGCACCACGAGUCGAAGACUUGACGUUAAACAUAAGUUUUACUUGUCGAUAAAAUAUUCAAAUAGACAAACACCCAAUAAAUAAUUUGACCUUUGGUGGUCAUAGUGAAAUUAAGAUAGAGCUAAAAAGCGUAAAGUACCUGAACACCUUGCCCUUAUUUUUUAAGGAAUUUCUAUAAAUAUAUACGAGGGAACACUUUCUAACAUCAUUUAAGUUUCUUGCGUUAUUCAUGAUAUGGAGAUGGUGAUAUAUAUAUUUUUUUAAAUUUUUUUUCUUGUUAUUCAUAGAAUCGACGGAGGUCUGAUGAACGUCACAUCUCUGAUUGGGAAUAAAGUGAAGCUUAAUAAUGGAACGGUUGUGUUGGAUACCCAAAAAACUUCCACAUCAUCCAAACCAGAGGAAGCACAAGUCGUACUUUUCUCUGUGCAAUAUGAGUCAGGUUUAGUGAAACUCAUUACUGCAAAUUAUAUGACUAUUAUCAUUCGGGUAAAAGCCGCCACAUAUCUAAUAAGUUAAUCAGAAAACUUCGCACUCCCGCGGAAGCUUUUCUAUUGGCCGUAAAAGUCCUCGGAGAAAUUCUCAAGACCUGUUAUAUGCCGUUUCAUUGAAAAUCUCUCGCUUCUCGCAGAUCCACUGACUCGACAACGUCUACAGAUUUCCCAAUCCCACUCCCCUUCGGUGACGCUGGCUAAUGCCUCUUUCUGCUCAUCCUACGCCUCAGGCAAAUAUUCUUUUAUGGAUAAACCAUAAGUUAUCCAUUAUGAGGCAUAGGGUAGGUAAAUGCGAAUUAAUUGCAAGUGAGAGCUUUUCAUUUUCUCAAAAGGGAAUCAUCAUGAUCUUCUUUUAUAAAUGUUUAUGGUCGACUUAAUUUGAAGUAUCGUUAUUUUAUGUGAAAAAUAAUUGAUUCAGAACGUAGCUAUUAUACUCAUCACUAUUUCUCGUGACAUUUUCAAAGAUUUAUAAGUAUUCCAUUCACCAAAAAUAUCUUUAUAAUACAGGGUACAAAGACUAUGCCAAUGUUGUUUCAAAGCCACUCCAUUCGUUCAUGAAUUUUUUUCUUGUCUUCCAGCUUCCUCAUUAUUUUGUGAAGUUCUAUAUUUUUCUCACUCCUCGAGUAUGCUACUUAUAGUCAUGAAACCAGGUGUCACUGCGGUUUCCGGUAUUAGAGUCGAUGCAGCCGAGCUAAUAGAUGACACGACUGAGCUAACAGUCCGGACGUUCAUCGACUCUCAUUUAUUCUCUGUUCGUUUCACUUCAAGGACUUACAAUAACAGCUGAGGUACGUUACAGUCCAAAGAUGGGCCGUCAUUAUCUCAACGUCAUGUUCAUACCCUCAGCAAGAUUUAAAAGCCAAACUGAAGGCCUAUGUGGAGUGAUGGAUGAUGAUCCAUCCAAUGACUUGAGGGGUCCAAAUGGAGAACAAUAUAAUGAUCCUAUUCAGUUUGCUGAUUCUUGUAAGUAUGGAUCAUGAUGUUCACCUACAGCGUGUCGAUCAGACUCCUACUCUUUGGACCUUAUUGAUCCACGAGAUUUUCCAAUUUCCGUUUUUCAAAUUUUCAAUUACUGUGCGAAUAGAUUGAAAUCUUCACUGUUCCAGAAUCAGCUUUCCUGAGACUAAGGCUAGCUAUUAUUUGGAUAAAAAGAUCUUUUAAAUAUAGACAUAUUUGCUGUCUCUCACAUCUACUGUACUCUAAAUUUCUGUUUACCUAAACAGUUUUUACACUAAAUUUUAUUUUAAAUUUCUUUUUCUUUUAAGGGCGCAUAACGGCUGUUCACAACAACUCCGGCCUUCGAGGAUCAUGGUCAUGGAACUCUUCAAACUUUCACAGCGAUGACAUCAUGGAUUCUUCUUACAACGAUCCAAACCAUGUUCCAUUGUACUCUUUAGAUGGCAUCGGUGAUAUCAUUGUCGCGGUAAAAGCUCUUUGAUAUUUGUCUUAUUCUCAAAAUGUUUCUUGUUUUUUGUUUGUUUGUUUGUUUUUUCUUUUCGUUUUCUUGCAUGCCAAAAAUAACCGGUUUAGAUAACUAUUCUCGCAUAGCCACAGCACUGGAAUAAGUCACGUGGCAAGGCCCAAUUUUUAUAUAUUUAAUUUGUCACCGUGAACAUUGAAAUAGAAGCUUUCAAGAAACUAAAUGUGAAAUAAAAAGCUUAACACAUUAUCAUUAUUCAUUUUUAAAGUUGAACAGGAAGGUAGGUUUGUCCUUAGAAUAAAUCCCUUUGCUAUAUAAAGAAAAGAGAGGGUAGGUAAACCAGUUAGUUUGUAUGGUUUAUUCUAGGAAGCUACGGAAGCCUGUUCGUCACUUGGACUUACUGGCGCGAUGUUGCAGAGCUGCAUUUAUGACGUAGCCGUAACAAAUGAUAUGACACUUGCUGGACAAGAGAGCCUGAAACAAAGUACGUUGAAAAAGUUCGGACAUAAAAGUAUUCAUCAGCAUGCUAAAAGUUGAGACAAACUUAUUAAAUGGUUCUUAAUAAGCCAGUCCAACAAUUUUCAUUAUUAUACAUUCAACUCACUAUCUCUUUUCUGGUUGGCCCAUAGCGUAAGAUGAAUUUUUUUUAAGUCAGCGCCUGGGACGUCAUGUAACUGCCGAUUAUACAAUAAUCAUGUAAAGGACACUCAAGGUCACGGGUAAUCAUGUCAUGUAUGUCCGCGGUGUAUGAUUUCUAGGGAUAAUCAUGUCACGUUUGCGCGCUUUGUGUUGCUCGCCGUUCUACUUACUUGCGUGAACACUUUUUUUUUCAUUGAAUAAAUAAUAGAACAAUUGUUAGAUUCGGUUUUUGUGAUAUCCAGAAUAACCAGGGUCUCGCUAAAGGUUUUCAGCCUUAGCCUUCGGUUUUUAGCUGAUGAACCCUAUCUACCGCAAACAACGCUAACGAAGCUUUUAGACUUUAGUCGCUGGAAGGUUUUAUUUUUGUGACACGGCUUUAUGAAUGAGCUGGCGAAGUUUCGAAUAAUCCUAAAUUAUUGGAAGUACUCAAAUAAGCAUUUAAAAUUGAAUCUAAAUCAAUGGACAUAACUUGUGGUACUUAAAGUGAUCCUUUUCUCCCUUUUUUGAAAGGUUGUCCAAACCAAUGUUCUGGGAAGGGUACAUGCAUUAACUCCACGUGUCAAUGUAUGACUGGUUGGUCUGGAGACAGUUGUCACUUAGGUAGGUACAGCCAAUCAGAAGGCUUGAGAACGUAAACGGAGUUUGUCACAAGAAAAAAAUAUAUACUACUUACCAAGUCCAUUCCUGAAAAGUAUUCUUCAAUUCAGGUAACUGCACAAACUGCAGCAUGGAACACGGGCGGUGCGUGAAAGGAUUUUGUGAAUGUGUUGAUGGCUGGGAAGGAGUCAGUUGUGAUCACAAAGGUGGGUUCUGAAAUAAGUGCAUAUCGAGGAGCUUUCAUAUAUAUUCAGUCACAAUAAAUCUUAACAAGAUUCCCCUUAUGAUCUCUUAACCUUACGCAUGGAAAUGUAAUUGGUUCUUAGAAACGAUGAGAAAAAAACGAAGUUACCAAGAUACUCAUGUCUGUAAUUUUUUUUCUGGGUAUAAGCACAGGCAGACCACACUAUGCGUUCGUGGUUAAAUUGUUGACAUGAGACGAACAAAAUCUAUGUGGCUUACAACUUGGUGGCAAGCAUACAGGCCGUAUUCAAUUUACCGUCAAGUGCAGCAACUUCCCGUGGCAGCCCACUGCGGUUCAAAACCAAGCCAAGCGCUGAUUGGUAAAUUUGAAACGGUCUGCAUGCUUCGAAUUCCUUUGGUCGCUGAGUCACGCACCAAUCAUAUUUAGAAAGCUAAAUUAAUCAAUUCAGUAUCGAUUUUCUCGAAAAAUUUUGAAGCUUUGACUAUAACAGUUUCAAGUGAACGCGGUCGCGGCUGGCUGCCACCAAGUUGCCAGCCUUGUCUCCCCACAAGCACUUUCGUGAAAAGACGCUUCAAACGGCCUAAGAAGGCGAAAAAAAUUCCACAAGCGAAUUGAUUAACACUAUAUUUAACUUCAUUGAGAUAUUCAGACCGAGAUGUAAUUUAGAAAUGCAAUUUUCAGAGCUUUAUUCAUAACCCUCUAAGGAUUGUUUCGUCUCAUGUCAACAAUAAUUAACCACGAACACAGUGUGGUCUGACUGUUGCAUAAGCUUUGUGUUCCGUAGCCUCUCAAGGGUAAUGAGCGACAUUUUUCUUAAUUAUGAGAUCCCUUUGAAAAAAAUGUGAUAAAAUUGUGUUCUGUUUACUUGCUGUAAGGGACGAGAUAAAAGUGCAGUAACAUACGAUCUCUCUGUUCUCUCAUACAAUAACGCGCACUAAUGUUACAGCAACAUGCAACAACGUCAACAACUGCACAAGCCCAAGCAACGGGUUAUGUAAGAGGACAGACCAGUGUCACUGUCAUGAUGGAUACAUUGGUAAGUUGCUUUAUUGUGUAGGCUAAAUGGAGUUGGCAAAUGCAUUUAAAAGUGGAUAUAUGUCCCCUGUUUCACUGAUCAUGUAGUCAAAGCCACUAGGCUGUAACGUUGAGAUGAUAACUAACCUUGCGCUUCAGUUGUGGCUACUCAAGGAGUGUUUUGAAAACAAAUAAUGAAGAAGUUAAACAAGACUUCAUAGUUGUUAAACGAAUAGUAGAGUAGACGGAGCACGGCGCUGAGUCGUGCAAUGGGGCUGAGAACGACAGUUUAAAGUUUAAAUAAGCUAAAAAAUUGUAAUUGAAGACCGCACUCUCCUUCAGUACCAACGCCAUACAAUUUACGGGUUUGUUAAUCGUGGCUUUUAUGGUGGUUAAGGGUUUUCGAUGAGCAAACUCAACUGGAUUUAUCUUAAAUUAUCAGGACAUGACUGCAGUGUUAUUCCUACCUGCUCAAAUGUGUCUGAUUGCUCCAAAAGAGGGAUCUGUGUUGACUUUGAUGUGUGCAAGUGUCAGGAGGAUUGGACUGGAAAGGACUGUACCCAGUUCUCUUGUGAAUCACUCGACUAUUGCUCAAGUAAUUUUUUGUACACUUUGCUUUCAUUUUCUUUAUCUGAGAAAAUAUUUUACUUCCGUAAAUAUAUUAAAAUUAUGUAAAACUGUAAACUGCGGAUAAAGAAAUGAAUAUGGAAGCGAUCUUCGCUGUACUGAGCGCUAGUUGAGCAGUAGUGAAAAUAAGGCCAAAUACAAAAAAUUCAGGCCUGUAAAGGGUUUAAACACGGGUCAUGGGUUCAAAUCCCGUACAUUGUUUAAUUUUUUUCAGGCCUUAUUUUUACGACUGCUUAAGAAGUGUUCAUUACAGCAAAGAUCGCUUCCAUUUUCAUAUUUUAUUUCCAUUUCUUCAAAGUAUUUCCUUUAUCCCAGGAUUCAAUUCAUGAUGGAUAGCGCACUUUUUUUUUCUAGAACGAGGACGCUGCGUGGCUCCUUAUAAGUGCGACUGUGCUCCAGGGUGGACAGGAGCCAGCUGUGCUCUCUUUGAUUGCGCAGGAGUUAACCAGUGCUCCGGUCAAGGGGUAUGUGUAUCAAGUAACACAUGCCGCUGCUACCCAGGAUUCCAAGGGGCGAACUGCAGUGAUGUUGUAGAUUGUGAGAUUCUUGGAAACUGUAGCGGAAACGGAGUUUGUAUUCAAGGGGGAAAUGAUGGAAAUGUCUCUUGCAGGUAUAAAGCAUCUCUGUUAUCUUAAUUUUCUGAUCUUUCUCCAUUGUUAAUUAAAUUAUGGAGAGAGUGAAGCAUGCACAAACGAAUGCAUAUAUUGAUCGCUUGGGGAUUCCUGUAUGGACACGAAUAUGGUUUAACGUAGAAAUGAUAAAUCACAAGCUGUAGGGCAACUAAACAACUGCCAGUCAAAGCCAUUUAUGAUGAUAAACUUACUGGUUUGUCAUUUGUCGAUAUGCUAAGGGCUUUUGACUCAAUAAAACACAAAAUUCUGCUUAAAAAACAUAAGAUAGUGGGUGGAAUUUGACAUCGCUAAAAUGGCUUUCUCCUCUUACAAGGCGCUCUGCACACCAGCGUCUCCCUGUUCAGAAAGCGAUCAAGGAAAUGUCCAAGAACAUUUUGAUAUGUUUAUCACGUCUUUAGGUCAGUUGCACAGUUGUAAUAUUAGAGAGGGAUUUUUAAAGAUUCCCUUAACAAAGCACUGAAUGAGAAAGAUGCAUCUCAAAUUUUAAAACUUUGAACGAAUGGGCUUUCCUGCCGAACGAUUGAGAAAGGCCAUUGUCAUUUCCAUUUUUUUUUAAUUAAAUCAAUUUUUAACGAAAUUUGUCUUUUGUUUUCAAUGCAUUUUUAUUUGUAUAACUUUCUAGUUGAAUUUGUUUUCAUUAUUACUCAUAUCUUUAACUGACUCAUCGUCUUCCCCUCUUUUUUUCCUACUCACAGCUCGUUUUUUUUUACGAUUUCUUGUUUCCUAUAGAUGUUAUGAUGGAUUUAGUGGUGUGAAAUGCAACAUUUCCUCCUGUCGUUCAAUUGACAAUUGUACUGGUCACGGUGUCUGUGUCGAGGCAAACUUUUGCAAAUGUGACAUGGGCUACAGUGGGGUGGACUGCUCAAAUGUGUCAUGUGAAGGUGUUAACUACUGUUCAGGUGAGACAUUGUCGAAAACCUUAGUCUUAUGCUAAUAACUGCUCAGAGACCUGCUGCUUGGUUAUUUCAUGAUAACAAGUAUUACUUACAGUUACAUCGUAUGUAAUUUGUUUGUUUGAUAAUUUGUAAAUCACCCGGUCACUGGGGCUAAAAUUCUUUCCGAAGCAUUUCUAGAUAAUUACUGACUGAUUUAAAUGGCUCUGGAUAGGUCAUGGUGUAUGCAGCAGCUAUGACACAUGUGUUUGCGACUCUUUGUGGCAUGGUGCAGCUUGUAGUGUGGCAGACUGCUCCAGUCUCGAUGACUGUUCAAAGAAGGGCGAUUGCAUUUUACCCAACACUUGCGAGUGUUAUCCUGGAUACGACGGGGCAGCGUGUAACAUGACAGCUGAACCGAACCUACACGCUCCAGCUUUUGCCGCGUCUAUCUACAAUGCCUCAGUCCUAGAGAACAGUCCCCCGGGAACGACAAUUCUCCAAGUGCACGCUAGGGAUGCCGACACAGGCCGGAAUGGGAAACGUUUUUUUUCGAUCGACAACAGUAAUAACGCGAAAAUGGCGUUUACCAUCGACAGCAUCUCCGGUGAUAUUCUUACAUCGUCGGUGUUGGACUACGAAAGUUCCUCUCCUAAUCUGUUUAAGCUGAAGAUCGUGGCUUCGGACGAUGGAAAUCCACGCAAGUCAAGCUUUGCUUUCAUGUACAUCCAUGUUGUCGACGUCAACGACAACUGCCCGGUCUUUCACUUCCCUCAAGCAACGUGGUUCAACAUUUCGCAAGAUACACAAUUAGGUAGACUUCUGACUGUGUUAUCCGCCCGUGACGAGGACAGUGGGCUCAACGGAGAAGUGAGAUACACCUUAUCAAACUCAAGGAACGGUGGAGAGGCCUUCAAAGUGGGUGAAAAAAAUGGAGAACUAAAAGUUGUUGAUAAACUUCAGCCUAAAAAGUACCUUCUGAUAGUUGUGGCAAGUGAUGGAGGAAAAGUUUCGUGCUCCAGUCAUCUGGACAUCGCUGUAAAUGUUUUCGCUGAAACUAAAACUACAUCUGAAACUAAAACUACAUCAUUUACCCGCUCGGAAGGUAUAUCGUCUUCUAUCUCCUAUUGCUGAUGUCUAGGAAUUUUUUUCCUCGUUCUUGUUGAAUGUUUGAAAUUCUCUUCUAUUUUCUGUUAAGAAAUUUUUUAUACUGAAUAUCCUGCUAACAUGCUUCGUGGUUCGACGAGCUAGUGUCAACCGCUUAAGGAGUAAAAUUUUCGUGGCAUCUGUUGAUGAAGUGCUCAAACGGUGCCAACAAUUCCGGAAAGAUUGGAUUAAACAAAGGGUGAAUUAAUGAAAUGAUAUCUAAUUAUUGCAAAGGAAUUUAAUACUCGUCAGAAGAAGAAUAUCUUAAGCCACUCUAUUCAAACGCGCAGCAUACCUGAGUAAGAUAAACAACUCAAAUUGUUAGCUGAAAGGCGUGCAGCAUUCCGAACCACAAGCAAAAUUUACGUUUAUAACAAUCAGCAACUGAUUGUUAUAAAAAAAAUUCGGGAGUUUAAAAAUCGAAAUUGUUUAUUUCUAACUAGGUAAUCAUUUCAACUGUUAUUUUCCACCAGCCGAAUACAGCUCUCCAAGUGCAAUCACGACAGAAAGUACUGAGGAGAUUCCAGUAGAGGCGCCUACGAAGAGUUGGUUUCUAAAACCCAUUAUGAUCAUUGGGAUUUCCGUUGGCGGAUUCAUAGUUUUCGUUGUAACUGCGACUGUGCUUCUCGCUAUCCUUUCUCGGAAAUUUAAGCGAAGAGUCGAGCCCACUGGGGACGAUCCUUUCAGCGGAAGGAAGAAACCUGAACGCUUUAACGGAAGCACUGAUAACCCGGUUCUUGUGACAGACUCCAAAGGGGAGCUUGGUGGAAUUGUAUCCCGUGGAAUCAAGACAACGGAGACAUUUGAGAUGAAGAAUAUGCCUUGCGUAGAUUAGUGAUUCCUUGAUAACAGCGGGUUUGGUAUUACACUAAACAAGUCGCGGGAGAAGAGUAUCAAUCACUAUAUGAACAAUAGCCUAGAUUUGGCGGAAUAUAUGAACGCAUAUUCGUCCGCGGACAUUAUCUAUUUCAGUUUUCCGAGAGCGGAACUCGAAGAAAACAGUGAGCUUCGAGGAACAGAUGAUCUCCAAGGAAAAAAAUGUGCGCGUACUUCCGCACAAAAUAGAGGCUAUUGUAUUUAUUAGUCUUAAAGUAGUUUCAAACGUGCGUAAAAAAAAUGUUUACGAACAGCUUACUGUUUGUUGCGUGGGAUGUUUUCUUUUGAGUGUUCUCUGGUAUGACUUUAUGAACAAACAAAUGUAGAGCAGAAAUACUUAGCAGAAAAAGAACCAACUGGAUAAUGACAAUUUUCUAUAAGACAUUUUGGAGUGUAGUAUCGCUGAGUAUUACCUUUUUUCUUUACUCAUUGUUCGUAUUUUGACUCGCCCUACGGCCUCGUCAAAAUACUGCACAACUCGUAUGAAUACUCAGCAAUACUACACACUAAAACGGCUAAUAAGAUACAUAGAUGCUUGUUGCUUGUGCUCCGACCUCCUCUUCCAUUUAGAGAGGACUAAAAGAAAGAUCAUAAAAAAGUAUCUGCAACCUAGUAGAAAUUUAUAGUAGGAACGAGCUAAACCAAUUAUUCCCUAGUCGGAAGGUAAAAACCGUGG